AUGUGUUAUUCGGUUUAUAAAAAUUCAAAAUUCCCGUUCGGCCAAUACGCCCCUGCAUCGCUUCCAAGUGCCAACGAUAUUAUUAUACUAUCGAAACUGACGACGUAUUCCCGGUGUGUUCAUUUUAGGGAAACUGGUGACGUACACGCAGGGACCGUCGCCGGAGACCGAUGACCGAUCGCCCGCCACCGUCGACAACGGCACGGACCAACAGCAACUGUACCCGUUUUUCGAUUAUUACGUGUCCCGUAACAUCACCACGACCAUCGGGCAGAGUGCGUUCCUGCACUGUCGGACGGAAAACUUGAACGACAAAUCGGUAAGUGCCGCGAACAAUACGGUAAUUAACCGGCGACGGCCGGCGGGUAUCUAGGGCGGAGAUGGGCGGGGACGGUUGCCGCCCUAGGGGUUUUCGUAGAUUUAUCCCAGUGCCACAUUGACCGAAAUGCGUUGUACCGGUUACACAAUAACACAGUGAGUUACUUUUGUAGCUGUGACACGCGAAUAUUUUCAACAUCGAAUACCCGUGCAUAAACGGUCGCGAUACGGGCGGAUUUGAACGGGACCGCGCUCGGAAAUUGUUCAAUAUAAGUUUUGAUGGGGAGGGGGACAUUAAUAACAAUAAAACGUGUGUUCGACGGGGAUAACGAAUGGGGUCGAACCCCACGUUACUCUCGUGGAUUUUAAAUUCGCCCCUUCAAAACUGAGAUUUAACCUACAAAUAUCUAUGAACUCUCGAGUGUGCUAUUUUUAGGUAAAACAAGUCAAAUAUUUUAUACCGAAAUAUGUUUCGUGACCUAGGCAACAAUUCUAUACGUACACAUGUCAAAUUUAAUUAUGGUAUUUUUUUUUUUUUUUUUGACAUAUUUUAGGAUUUUUACAUUUUUAACAGCGUUUAAACAGGAUUUCGUAUACGUUUCCGUGACGUUUUCAACCCAACAAGUAGAAAACUGCAAACUAACUGUUCGAAAUUGAUAAAAUAUCUACAUGGGUGCCGAUGAAAACGUUGUACCUACACGAGCAAAUAGGCAAAUAUUUAGAACAAAUAAAAAUCUUCAUUAGCAUGUUGUUAAUGUCUCCUUUGUGAAAAAAAUUCUGCAACUAUAAUAAUUGAUAAAUUUUACGUUCUCGGCAUUUUAUAGGCCUCGACAUAAUGAGAUUAUUUUUCUGAAAUCAUUAAAUCUACUCCAAAUUACUGUGUUUUAUAGAAAGAAAAAAAAAAUACGCGACAGACAUAUUAUUAUUAUUAUUUGCUCAGUAGGUACCUAUAUACCUAUGUUUUGCCGAGACUAAAAUGUACAAUACUUUUUACUGGCCACUUUUAGAAAUUAAAGACGUUAAAUUUAAACGCGAAAAUAACGUCGUCGUCCAAAUGUGUUUUAUACACACAUAUAUAUAUAUAUAAAAGUUUGAAACUACGACCCAUAAAAAAAUACUCCAUGCAGUACGAUUAUAUCCAAUAAUCGUAUUUGGUACGUAUUAUAUUAUAUUUUAAAUGUUAGCUCUUUUCGCCGCGAUCGAUAAAAACGUACGUAAAAAAAAAAAAAAAAAAAAAAAAUGACAUAAACCGUCAAUCGUAUCCCGGAAUUCCGGAAUCAACGGCUAUUUCGCCGACAAUGUGUUUCGAUUGAAGGCGGGGCCAAAAAUAAUGUCGUUCAAAAUUUUAGUGACGUAGUGACCUCCUAUACGUAUAGACGUAUCCCGUACCUCUAUAGGUAGACAUAGGUGCCUAACACCUAUAGACGCGAUCAAAUUCUACGCGUUUUUCGUCCCGAACCGUUUUUAUCCGACCCAGUUUCAGCAUUAUAAUUAAUGCGUUUUCGAUAAGGUUCGACCCGUUUGCGAUUUAAAUCGUUAUUUUCAUUUGAUAAACUGCGAAUUUUUUUUCAAAACGUUUUAACCUAACCUCGCGCGAUUCGACAAUGUUAUUGUGUUACGCACGGGGGCGCCAGGUUUUGAAAAUGUCAUGGGGAGCUCACUUUGUUUACUAACACAUGUACGGCUUUACCUAAAUUUUACCAUGUAUAUAUUUCCUUUGUUUAUUUUCCUUGAACCGUUCGUUCGAAACAAUUACUAAAAAUUACUAACGUUUACAUGCCGACAUAUACGGUAAUAAUCAGACCCCGGUUAACCAAGAACCUGGUUGAUCGCUAAAAUCUACGAUUUUUCUCUGCUAUGGAUUUCAUAAAACAAAAAAAACAAAAAAACACUUUUCUUUCUCAAUUAACUUAUUACGAAUAAAAAUAACAUUUUGAGCAUGCACGUGAAAAACAUUGAUUUUUUUUUUUUUUUUUUUUAUGUAUAUAUAUAAUAUGAGAACAGCGGUGAGCUGAAUUCCGUCUUAUCGAGCUCACGGAGGGCUGCAGCCCCAGUGCCCUCCUGUACGCGGUGCCCCAUCGUUAAUAGUUCUCGAAUAAUAACCGUACCAUAAAAUGUUUACACAAUAAUAACUGAUUAGUUUUCUCCGCGUAAAAUUACAUUUGAAUACACAUAAAACCCGUAGAACUGCAUUAUCGUAGAAGUUGAGGGACGGAAUGUUUUGAAUUUAUUUCGCGUAUUGAUUGAGUUAUUAUUUUUUUUUUUUCUUUGUUGUUCAAAUGUUUCAUUUGGUGAAAGCGUAAACUAUUUUUACAUCUCAAAAAUGCGUGUUAAAAAUAUAAAACUUUUUUUUUUUUUUUUUUUAAUCAAUGAACAUAGUAGUAAAAUACGCGAACGACCGUGAUUUCUUUUUUUUUUCUUUUUGACAUUUUUACACCUGCCUGACGAACAAUGUUGAAAGUAAUAAUAAUUUGACUUCUUUGUAUUCUUCCUAGCGGUAAAUAAUAAUAUGUAAAUUUUAGUUAAUUUCUAUACGCCCGCAGAAUUUCUUGUUUUGUCGUAAAAGAAACGAAAUGGAAAUAGUUUGAUCAUAAAAAAAACCCCCAUCAAAAUUUUAAAAUUUGAGAUUUAAACAUUCACAGCAUUACAUUUUAUUCACAACAAUAGAUAUUUUUCGACGUGGAUAUGAAUAUAAAUGAAAAUCCUAUUCAGAUGUAAAACUGAUAUUAGUGUACGCGUUUAAUUUAAAGAGGUAUUCUUUAUCGACACAAUCGCAAUAAAUAUGCCAAAAAUCUUUAUACCUACUCGUAACUUAUUUUUUAUGAGCACUUAAAAUUUUCGAAGAAAAAAAAAAAGAACCACUUAUAAACACUACGGUUAAGUAAACUCGGCGAGGAAUCGUUAUUCAAAUGCAACGAUUAAUCAUUAUUUUCACAUUUAUUUGAACAAAAAAAAAAAAUAAUAAUAAAUAAAACGCGGUCUCGCGUGAAGAUGAACGAUGCAAAACGACUGUAGCCUAAAUCCCACAUUUUAUUCCCCCACACGGUUUGAUGAUAUUUCAAAAAUAUUUAUUUAUCGAGCUUAUAUAGAUAAAUAAGACAGGGAAUUUAUGUACCUACCUAACUACCUGUAAUAACGUAUUAAGAUCUGACGUAGUAAACUGUUGUAAUAUUUUAGAUUCGGAACGCAACGAGGUUUUACGUCGGUUGUUUUGAUAAAAAUCUAAAAACGACAUUUCAAAUUCGAUUGAUUUAAUCCCGAUAAAAUUUGAACGGUAAAAUUAUAGGAUUCACAACGGAAUCGUUACACUCGCAUACGUAUUAUACUGCACACGCAUUUUUCUGAAAAAUGUAUAAUGAAUUGAAAAAACAAAAAGAAUUUACUUGUGAACAAAAUAUACGUUUAAACGAUUUGGCAAUAAAAUAAAACAAAUAAAUACAUUUAUUUACAAAAAUCGUGUAUCGUGACUAUACUGUUAUUAUUAUAAACGUAUACAAUUCGGUUUAUUCUGCAGUUAACUUUUUCAUCCUUCAUUAGGAUCGAAUUUUUCCGAUUUUCCCAUCGCAAUAAUAAUAUUUUUUUAUUUUUUUUUUUUUUUUUUAUAUGUAUAAUUGAUCUAAAAUAACCAUAAUAGUUUAUUUUAUUACAUUUUAUUCCAAACCCAAGAGCAUUUAAAACCCGGUAUUUCGUUUAAACAUGCAAUUUCAAAACCCAGAUGGUUGGGGAGUUGGUUGAAAAUUAAAACACUCAAAAGACACAGCUUGAACGAUCUGAAUCCUAAUCUUGUAAAACCAAAAGAACACACUUCUCCCGCAACAGAAUGGUGAAAUCUAUACUUAAACUAAUCUCAAAUUUUCAUAAAUACAAAAAACUUCUGAUUCCCGAGUUUGAGUUCAUAUUCGGUACACCGAGAGCAGCUGAAAGUGGUCAAAUUUGGCGUGACAGAUACGUAAGUAUAGCGGACACAAUACACUGCAAUAGUCUCCAUUCGACAAAAAGUCGUAUAUAAAACAAGGAUACGGUUUUUAAUAAGUAUGAGUUUUACACUUAUUACAAUGUGAGAAAAAAAUAUCUAUAAAAUAAUACACACAUAUAUAUAUAUACGUGUAUGUACUAUACAUCAAUGUAUAUUUUAUUGUAUUUCCUAAGUUUGAACUCAAAGCGGGAUAUUUUCAAACGAAAAAGUUUAAUAACGCGUUAACUGCAAAAGAAAAAAAAAAUAAUAAGAAAACUCAUUUAAGUUUCAAAAAUAAUAAAAAUACCAAGUUAAAACUUUUAAGGACACAUCACUAUGCGAAUAAUUUUAAGUGGAUUCGUAUAAGCUCUAGGAAUAUGCAAAACCAUAUUUUAAAUUAUAAUAUAUACGUGCAACAACACGUAAUGUUAUUUUUUAAAAUACGUUUUAAUUUCGAAUAAUCGAAUAAUUUAGGUAGGUAUCCCUAAGUAUAUAAUAUCAAUUUUUUCAAAUUAUAAAUUAAAUCGCACCGGCGAGUGGGCCGCCGUUGUAGGUGGUAGAAAGGUAUAUUAAGAAUAUUAGAUAUGCUUAUUAAUUUAAAUUGUAUAUUUACUGAAAGCAACGAUAAAUCAACGCGAUAAGUUGGGGCGCAUAGAGACGUUUUGAGCAGAGAGACGUUUCCGGAACGGAGUUUGGUGAUUAUGUUUUGAAACGCCGAGAUUUUUACUGUUCUCGUAAUCGUUCGAAUUUAAACGUUUAUAAAAAAAACCGUCCCUACCUUAUACCCAAAUGGAUUUUGACCGCUAAACGGCCAUACCCAUUUAGCGGUGUGAACGUCGCCGUGUUAACUGUGUGGGGAAAUUUUUGUGGGUCAAAACAAUUUCGAUCGCAUGAAAUCGAAUAAAUUUCAACUGGCUAUAAAUACAGUAGAAGCCGCUUAUUCGGAACACUUUGGGGCCUAGGUGAAACGUGUCAAUUAACCGAUUGUUUCUAAUUAACGAUUGGUUUUAAUGUACGAUUGUUUUAAUAUGCGACCGGUCCGUCCCUAUUUCGUUUCAGAAACGCGAUUGUGUACAUUAUCCGCGUUCCUAAUACGCGGCUUCUACUGUGCCUCGAUAAAAAUCUCCGGACUUUGUAAAUUUUGUACUUGAAACUAACGUCGAUGUCUCGAUCGGUUAACCGGCCGGAAUCUGCAAUACACCGCCGUGAAACUCAUAUAAUAUGGAUUCCUCUUUAAUUUAAAAUAAUUACAAAUCGUAUUACGCGUCUGUUCGCUGUGAAAAUGUUUUACAGACUAAUAUCGCUACCCGUCGAGAAUGACAACAAGCAAUACAAAACUCCGUUACGGCCGUAUUCGAUAUAAACGCGCGAAUUUAUAGUAAACUCGCCAAACAAAUCCGAUAAUCGAAUUAAAAAUAUCAAUCGAAAACAAUGGUCCCGUUGAUUAAAACGGUACCGUUUGACUGGCGAAUACUAAUCUCGGCUAAAUAAAAAAUUGUAUUUAUAUAAUAACGCAAACCCAACACACUGUAUUUAUAAGUGCUUCGCGCAAACAAAAUACCUAGGUACACAACCGAAUCGAUAAAAACAUUAUAAUUAAUUGAUUGGGUUGGGUAAAAAAAAAAAAUAAUAAUAAUAAUAAUAAUAAAAAAACCAAUCGCCCGUAGUAAUAAUAAUUUAAUAGUUUGGUAAAAAAAAAAAAAAAAAAACUUAAAUUGGAAUACUUCAAACAAAAGCGUAUAAGUACAGUAAGGGUAGUACACCUGGGGGAAUUUAUUUUAAAAGUACUUAUAUAUAUAUAUAUAUAUAUUCAUAUACACACAGGGGAAGGGUGAGGGAAAUCACUUCUGUUUUCCUUAAUUAAUAUGCAUGUGAGGCGCUGCGCUUGCGGGAAAUCCGAAUAGUUUUUGUUCGUUUUAUACCGUCCGACCGGGGAACCGUGGCCGAACAGUUGGAUAAGCGCCAGCGGGUUUUUGGCAAUUUGAAGACAAAUAUAAAUUGAAAAACUUUCUUUUUUUUUCCUUCUUUUUUUUUUUUUUUUUUUUUUCUCAAACGAUAUUAUUCGAAUUCUUAUCGUCAUUGUCGGUUAUUCAUAUACAUACACAUUAUAUAUCUAUAUACUAUUAUAAGACACACGACAUUCGUUUAACUUCGAUAGGUUUUUUUUUUUUGUUUUUCUGUUUGUUUUUAACGACCCGAACGCACGCUCCACUCGUUAUAAAGAACGGGGGUGGAGGAAAAAAAAACGAAAAACCGGAAUAGGGCUAUUCAAAUUAUAUUACUACUAAUUAUUCGACACGCGACGUUUGGUAAAAUAUAAACGUCUAUAUCUAUACGGAUACGGAGUGGUUUUUUACCCACUGCUUUUUACUUAAAAAUGACCGUUUAUUAACCAUCGUGAAAAUAGAGUGAGUACGCUUAAAAAAAUCACCCUUUAUGUUCUACAUAGCAGUUUUUCUGCCGACGACUCUGACUCGACUAUACGUAGAAAAUAAAAUCAGUAAAAAAAAAAAAAAAAACAUAUUAUAUAAUUUGCUCGCAUUUGAUAGGUUAUGGGCGUGUCGCCUCAAGUAUAAUAUAUAAUAUAACUGUAGGUUUUAUGAAAGAUAAUUUCGUCGUACACUCGUACACUCGACAUAUACACCAACGUUGAAACGAUGCUAUAAAAAAAAAAAAACAUAUUAUAUAAUUUGCUCGCAUUUGAUAGGUUAUGGGCGUGUCGCCUCAAGCAAACAGAUAUACUUCGCAUUACAGUAAUUAUGAGCUUAAAAUCCAAAGUGGUUUCGUUUGUGGUGGGAAAAAAAGGUUUUCGAUUAAAAUAAUAACACUUGCUCACGUUUUUCUUCCACCUUAAUUUUCAAAAUUCCCGACGUAUUCCACUAUUCAUGCGAGUGCCGUUACAUAUUCAAAUGUCCCGCCUUUAUUUCAUAAAGUUCUUGUUAAACAGAACUUUUGGAGCGGUUUGACUGCCCUGAAGUGUACUGUCCGACUAUGAAAAUAACAUAUCUUCAAUAGGCUCUUUCUUACAUCCGUUCGGUAUAUUAUUAUUAAAAAUUAUGACGAGAGCAUAUCAUAAACCCGACCGAUCGUUCAUAGGUACUUUUUUUUACCACACUUAACUUUCUAUUGCUUUAGAAAAUUCUAUAUUAAUUAAUAUUGAUUAUGAAAACGUAGAACGAAUAAUUUAUUCGUGCGGACGGAAUGGAAAUAUACUAUUCAACGAUUUAAAUGUUAUUCGUUGAAUAGGUACUGUUUCGAAUAAUUUUGAAGUAUACCUAUAAAAAUAAUAUUAUUCGCUCGAAUGAUUUGUUUAAAAUAUUAAAAAAAUAAAAUCAAAUUGGACAUUUAUAUGGGUAAACGCAGUAUAAAGAAAGCUUUCCAAAGUUAAAAAGCUAAAUGACUUAAGGUACUUAUUUUCCCAUGACAAGCAGUAAAUUAACUAAUAACAACUCGAGUUUUUUUUCCCGUCCGUGUAGCCCAAGUAACCAACAAAUCGACAAAAAAAAUUCAAUUUUCGAUCCGAAAAUAACAAAAACCCCGUAUCAGCCAAUUUGUAAGGACUUGGUUUCGGGACGAAAUGUAUCUUAUGUGUUAAUUCUGUGUACCGUUUUUUGUCAAAAUCCGUACAGCAAUAAAUGAGUCACAAACAUUGACACGAACUUUCGCAUUUUUAAUAUUAGUAAUAUUAAUAUUAAUUCUACAUGAGUGAUGCGAGGGCAUUUAUGUUGUUCCAUAUUAUUUUAUAAGCGCGGAAAUUAAAUUUCGGGCUAAAUCUUAAAAAAAUAAAACGUAUUUUAUUGAUAAAAAUUACAAUUGUCUUGUAGACGGUUGUUUGGCUAACUUGUGGACACAUCGACGGUUUACGACAACAUAAUAUCAAUAGAUACUUGCAUAGCUAAUUAUGUAUCCGUGUAUUACAAUAAAAGUGUAUUGUUAAUGAUAAUAAUCCGACAUUCAACGAUGAAUUGUUGGAAUUUUAAAAAUAUCGAUAAGCGCUCGACGCAGCGCUUCCAACUGCCAUAUAAAAACGUAGAUAUCCCCUUCAACCGCAAUUGGUCGUUCCUGUAAUGAGGAUACGGGCCGGACAAUCUAAAACACGAGCUCUACUAUAAAAAAAAAAAAAAAAAAAAAUGGCCUAUACGAAAAAAAAGAAUGAAUUUAAUUUCAUUCGAAGAAAUUUGAUAAAUUGUUUUAAAAUGAAUACUCAAAACGAACUAAUAACUGACUGAGUAGUGAUUUUAACGUAUGAGUCGCGUUGUCAUUUAACGUAAUAAAUUUUGUAUUUUUUAUUUCUUCCGUUUUGGCCGAGCAUGCGCCACUUACCUGGUUUACCCUGGAGAAACGUCACCGGUUGUAUGGUUUGGAGUCUUGGACGGUAGAAAGAAACAAAAAAAAUAGAGAAUAAAUGUAACGUAAAUGAGAACGGGUAUGUAUGGAUGGUUUAAGCGACAAGAGAAGAUAUGAUAAGGGAAAUAUAUGGUUUGGGAAUAUCACGAUGAAAGAGAAAUUAAAAGCAAUAAGAAUUUUAAUGAACAUGGAAGGAAAUAAAGAGAAAGAAUAGGAGAAAUAGAGGGAAAAAUAAGACCGAAAUAGAUGCUUUAAUGCGAUUGAGAAUGACAUUAAGACAACAACUUAACCUUACCUCGCUGUACAACCGUCUUGUUAUCGUUACGAAAUUGAAUUUGUGUUAUUUAUUUAUAAUUAAUGCAAAACAAUUAUGGUCGACGAAGAUUUAUUACGCCUUUUACAAACAUCUAACGUAGUAAAAUGACUAUAUGAAAUUUGAGCGUAAAAAUGGUUUGGAAAGGGGGUUGAAAAUGUAAUCCCUCAAAAAACACAUCCGGGAUACAUACACGUACCGCGCAUAAACAAAAUUUCAUCUCCCUGCCUUCGUUCGAGAGUUAUGUAUGUGCGUAAAACUACAUAACGCCUACACUUAAAACCUUACAAACGCAUCAUGUAACAACGUGAUGAAAUUCAACCGAAAUUCGAUCACUGAAAUCCGCUUAUACGUAACAAAUUCUAAUUCCCGAGUUCAUUCGGUCCAGACGGAACCAGUGAAAAAUGUCUAAAAGUCGCGAAAAUUUAGAAAGUACUAAUAUAUAGACACACAGUUAUAAUAGACACAGUGCGGUGUAAUAGUGUAAUUGGGCGGGGAAAAUUCGACAAAAACGUAAAAAUAUUCGACGUUAUCAACAGUGUUUCAUGACACUUGAACACAGGCGACCUCGAUAAUUUUUUUUUUCUGAUCCUACAGAUGUAUUAUAAUUAUUAUAUUAUUGGAGAAAACGAGCGUGUUUUUUUUUUUUUAAUAUUAACUUCGAGUUGUAAUUAAUCCGGUUAAUAAUUGAUUAACCGUUGAAUUGCGCACCGUAUAAAUUCAAAUUAUACGGCCGCCUACCUACGCGCCGCGCACGUUAAGUGCAAUAAAUAAAAAUUACUACGUCUCGUUAUGUAAUUCGAUUACGCGGGCGUAUAAAUUCCAAUUGGUUUGGCGAAAUAUUUCGAAUACGUAGUUCGCUGCGAUUUCGUAUAACGACGUGUCGGUACUCGAGUAGUUCCGUGCGGCGCGAUUCGGAUAGAAACGGUUCAAUUAGAGAGCGAACAAAAAAAAAAAAAAUAAUAAUUAUUAUUAUUGUUGUUGUUCUCGUUGCGCGGCCCGUAAUAACGUACCGUUCGCGUUAUUGUACCGGGGCGGGGGUGUCGAUCGCCGGAAAAACGCGGAAUAUCGCAACGCUAAUCGUUAGUUCCGUUUCCGCGAAAUUCGCGCGUUAUAUCCGGACGCAAUAACCGACGCGAUUCGAAACGCGACGGUCCGCCGACGAAAUUUUAAUUGGACGAAAACGCAGCGCGCGUUCGCCGGACGGUUUCCCGGGCUUCCGGCACUACGGGAUCCGCGUACCCGGGCCACACCAUUGGUCACCGUUGAAAUAUUGCGGACCAACGUCGGCCGGUCUUUACGCUCCUACGCGACUCGCGUGCGGCUCGCGUUUGGUAUGCGAUUGCCCGGCACCGUUGCCCGGCGCCGGUGUUGACGGCUCGCCGCGGCAACCGUACGCGUCCGUCGACCCGAUUGGCGGGUACGCCCGCGUAGUCACGGGUACGCGCAGCGACGGUCGAGCACAUGGACUCCGUAGCGGCACGGUCGAGCGCGGAGUAUUUCGCGACGACGCUGUCACUGGAACGCUGCCGAAAUGUUCGCGUUUCCGCGCAUUGCGGCAGCGAACUCGAACGAGCCGCGAACCGAGCCCGGAAUUAUCGACAGCGAAAAAUGUCAAUUUUAUCCGUAACGCACCGACCGUUAUGGACGGUUGUAGAACACGGGUGACUAUCCCGAAAUCAUCGUGGAAACGAUUCGGUUUACGUAGCGUCCGAUCGUUCGCGGUCGUGUGAUUGUGCAGAUUGUACUACCGCGAAGACGUACCCCUCGAAUAUCGGGGAUAAUAAUUAUAAUCGCGUUCCGGCGUUUUAUAUUACUGACAGAGACCAGGACUAAAAAUAUUUAUAAUUUAUAUAUUAAUUUCUUUUUUUUUUUGUGAAAAAAUUGAAAAAUAACUCUAUCUGAUUGCUUUUGGAAAAUUAUAAGAUAGCCGUUCUGUAUAGUUUAUUUUUCGGAAUAUUUGAAUGCGUCGUCACACAUUUAUAUCCAAUGAACAGUUUCUAAGUGACAGCCGUUUUAAAUUAUACUAAUCCGUGUGAAAACCGAUAUUAUGGCGUAACACGGUUAAGUUAUUCCCUAGACCACAUCGGUUUUCACACGGAUUAGUAGAACUUAAAACGGAUAUUACUUGGAAACUGUUCAUCGGAUAUGAACGUGUGAUACAUUAAAAUGUUCAGUAGAAUAAACUCUACGGAAUGGCUUUUAAAAUUUUCCAAAACUAAUAGAAUAAAUUUAUUUUUAAAAUUUUUUUACUAAAAAAAAAUUUAGUUCAAAUAUAAAUAUUUGUAGUCCUCAACCCCGUGAGUAAUAUAAAAAACCAGAAUUUGAGCGUCUUUGUUAUCUCCAGAGAUACUCAAAAGGAAUAUCUUUGUGGGGCAGCCUGUAUAGAUUGUUAAAAAAAGUUUCAGUUCCUAUUUUCUUUUAAUAUGAAUAAGAACACUAUUACAAUAAUUUUAUCGGAAAGAGGCGAAAAAUUGGCCCUAGUGAAGUCAUAAAAAUAGAAAUUAAUCGGAAAACAAUUAUUUGAACACAAAUCGUUGGAUAAUACAAAAUUGAAAAUUGUAGCAUAGCACAGUUUUUUAGCCACAGUCGUGCAGGCUGUCUUUUGUAUUUGUACGACCUUUGAUACGCCGAAAAAUUUGCUCAAUCGAAUCGUAAAAAAGGUGUUUUAUGCUCGAUCGUGUCGCAGACCCACAGAUAUACAGAUUGCUUGCACGGCCAGUUAAACGACAGUCACCAUGCCAUACAGGAGCAAACACUAAUUUUAAUGUAAACAUUGGUGGUCCUUUGACGUAUAUCAGAGGUUUACCGACAAUCCACGGGUACGAUGCCGGUGAUCAAUAAUAUUGUACUCGUGAAGUCUCCCAUACGACUUGUCACCCGUUUUCACCAAUGACGAACAUUGGCCAAGUUCACCUGCAAUGGUAUCUACCGGCUUGAAAUGAAUACGUCCGCGAUUAAAAUAAUAAAUAAUAAUAUAACGGUUCACGGCAGGUUAUCGUUUUAAAAAAAAAUUGGUAACUUUUCAAACAUAGUUCAACACCAAACUGAAAUCGACGACAAAACGAGUACGGUUUACACGGCGUUUCGGUCAACAAUAUUGUUAUAAUAACACAAUACAAUGUAGACGCUUUAAAUCUUUUAAAUCUCUGUUAUCAAAAAAAAAAAUAAAAAAUAAAAUAAUUUUUUUCGAAUUUCGCGCUUUUUUGCCUCCAUAUGCGCCGUCAUAAACACCGCCGGCCGCGUACGCGUAAACACGUGGGUUUACGUACAUACGUGUAAAGUUUUGUUGUUUUUCCCGAAUUCUUUCCUAUGCGGACUUUUUCGUCGACAACGAAAAAAAAAAGAAACGAAAAAAAAAAAUCAAAAUUGAACACUAUAUACCGUUUAAUACGCACGCGUGACGUUUAAUAUUGUGUUUGCGCGCGUAAAAAAACGUAUCACGCUCCGCAAAACAAACGUCGGAAUAAUAAUUCGCUUAAACGCUAAACGCAUAAUAACAAUACGCGUCGACUAUUCAAACGUAUACGUAUACAAACGUUAUACGGAAUAAAAGAAUUUAUUCCAAAGAACUUCCGGCCGCCGCCGCCGCGCCUCGGCGGCUAUAAAUUUAAUAAUUUCUCGUGUGUUUGCGUGUGUUUGUGUGCGUGUGUGCGCGCGCGCGCGCGUGUGUGUUUGCGUGUGUGUGCGCGUGCGAGCGAGUGUGUGGGCGGGAACGAACAACUUUCGAAAAGUCUGCGUGCGUAUAAAACGUUCGGUGUCGCGGGCUUAUCAAUACAUUAUACCGCGCAGUGUAAAGCGGACAUAUUAUACGAGUAUAUAUAUAUAAAAGGCAAGCGGAGGAGCGUCUGCGAAUGUCGGCACGUCGACGAAGCUUUUGAACGGCUCCCGGACGGCCUUUACGCGAGACGUGGUUCUCCGCGGUCGUCAUCGCCGGUGUCGUUAUCCGAUUGUCCGACGCGCGGCGAAUUCGCCCGGCCCGCACGCAGUCUCGGCGGGCGCGCGGACGCGCGCGAUCCGAACUUUUCUCCCGUAUAACAACAUUGUUGCCCAUUAUUCACGCGCGUUCGGACGUUAUUACAGAACGAACGCGAUCAUACGUAUCGCACGUACACGUGUACACGGGUUACCGUUUUUCCGACGCGUUAACGGUUCGACAACGAGAUUCGUUUAAAACUCGUGUAUCUAUUUGCGCGCGCGCGCGUGUGUGUGUGUGUGUGUAAGUGUGUGUGUGUGUAUACAUAUAUAUAUAUAAUUAUUAUAGAUAGAUGCCGUACUCGUGCGCGAUUUACUGCGAGACACUUGUUAUUUUUAACGAGCUGAAUUAGUAUCGUUACGCGAGAACCGUCCGUAUACACGGGCAACGGUCCCGAUACACGGUUCGUAUCGACGAGUUUAAAAACCGUAAAGCUGCUGACAACUGCACCGGCAUUAUCCCGGCAACGGAUUUUCAACGUGUCUCGCAGAUCCUUCUAAAUGGACGAUCGCGUUUUCGUAUACGGCAUACGUGCGAUUCACUUCCUCUUCUCCGUUCGACCUUUGCGAAUCUCUGCGGGAUUUUCGCCGCACCGACUCUCGCGCCGUGCGCCUCUGUACCGCCGGCAGCGCGUGCCUCGUGGAUCCUCUUCGACAACACCGGAUCCGUCGUUUUCUAGGUUCGCCACGAGGCGCCAGGCCUAUUCCCCUAUCGUUUCCGUUCUGCCGCUACUCAGACGGCAUCGCUGGGCUCGUUUCCUUAUAGCCGGAAUAAUGUUAUGCCCGUUAUACGACCGUUUCUAUAGCCUUUUUUUUUUUUUUUUCUUUUUAUCCGUAGUCGGUAAAACGCGGACAAUGGUUUCGUGACGCUACGGUUCCGAAUAAAUUUUGGCGGGCGGGUAAGACGAGACAAGCCGUGUAUUUUUGAUUAGUGUAAUGAUACGUUAACAAUAAUCAAAUUACGACUUAUGAAUUUCGGUAAAUUUUGAAGAUGGGUGUUUUUAAAUGAAGUGAACCGGGCGGGCGGCAUAUAAAAAUCUACACCAAGGAAUAUAUUCCCUGCAGUAUAUUCGACAAUUCUUCGUUGUUUUUUUUUUUUUAUAAAUAUACAUUUUUCAGAAUAUUUUCAGAAUUCUGUCGUACAUGAUUUUUAUCAUAGGUCUUUUUUCCCAGUAAAUUUUUAAUGAGAUAUUUUGGUAUGUGUAGUGCCAAUCUGCACGCAUAUUUUUAAUUUUUUAGAAUGUAUAUAUAUAUAUAUAUAUAUAUACGCCCUACGCAUUAUUUAUUUUCAACUUUUAAACCGGUUACUGCACAACGUAAGUUGAUAGACGUUUUUUUAACAAUUUGUUAAAAAAUGAAAACCCUUAAUAUAAUUUUACGACUUGUCGCCUUUUUUUUCCCUGCCAAUUGCAUUCCAACAUUGUCAAUAACUUAUGGAUUUUUGAACGAAUACAAAACGAUGGUAUUACAACAGUUAAACACACACGACCACGUGGGGGGUUAUACGUAUUUCUGUCAGCGUUUCAUUACAAUAGUUACCAACAAAUAAAUAUUAUUCGAAUUGAAUACCGUAUUCCGUGGGUGUCGAGCGUUCCGGACAAUUAUCACGGUGAUGCGCUCUCGCCGUAUCGCACGGCUACGGGUUUUCGAACGUUAUGUUUAAAACAUGGUUCGACCUUUUUGGUAUAUUAUAUUUUCAAAGGAAAUCGCCGCCAAAAUUUACAGAUGUCCGUUUAUGAUAUAACGCCGAUCCCCGGAAUAUCCCUGACCUGAAUUUUUAAAUCUGCACUUUUCCGAAACGGUUUUAUAGGUUUUAUAUUUAUGCGUUUAUACACCUACCUGUACAUUUUUUUUUUUUUUUUUUUUUGUGUUCGUAAAGAAACAGCAUAAAUCUUUUAACGUUCCCGCGUUGUGCCGUACACGGAUAUACACGGAAUCCUUUCGCAAAUAAAUUGACCGAGCGUAAUAUUAAAACUAGUAACGCCUUUUACCACCGUUCCGUAAUAUUGUACGCGGGAGUUAAAUUAAUUAAUUACUGUAUGCUCAUAAAUAUGAUAGCACGGAAUUUUAGUGCCGAUUCCAAAUUAAUUUUGUAAGUUUUUUUUUUUUUUUUUUUUAGUAAAAGAAGGAAUGAAUAUUUAAAUGUGUUAACGUACUGAAAUAUCUAUCGAAUAUAUUAUUAGUAAUUUACUUGAGUCAAAAAAAUCAAAAAAUCAUUACAUUAUAAGAUAGUGUUUCGAUUAUGCAUACGAUACCUACUGUAUUUGUGAAAAUACAUUUACUUGACACGGUUAUAAUGAUUGAUAAACACUGCUAUAAUUUCGAAAACUGGGCUUGUCCCGUUUUUUAUAGUAAAUAAAUGCAUAGUAUGGAAAAUGCUGUGUACAUGGCCCACUUUACAAAUUUUCGAAAAUAUUUUGUUGUCGUGGUUUGAUAAUUUUUUUUUUUUUUUCGAGUUUUUGUAUGCAAACACAUUUAUGUUUUUCUUGUGAUUUAUAUGCUCUAAAAAUACCAAAAGUAAAAUGCAAAAAUAUUUGCUUCAACUAUUUGUUCACGAAAUCGUAUCACGAAGUUUGAAGACGAUUGGACAACAAUAAAGUUUUAUUUUUUAUAGCGCGCGACGAGACGAAGUUAGAAUAGCUUGGUAAAACGAGUUGACAAUAAUUAUUUUCAACGGCGUAACAUUUUAAUAUUAUGGAGAAUAAUCUGAUCGAAUAGAUGGCACUUUAAAAACUCGUAGUUACUAGCUUACGAUAAUUUCCAUCAAUUGCGUUAUUUUAACCAUUUAAAUGUUUAGCUCCCUGCUAUAAUGUUCUCAAUAGUAGACAAUACUUAAAAAAAAAAAAAACAUAGAUGGGUGUUUUUUUUCGUUUGGAUAAAUCCCACAAACCUUUACCUUUUCUUUAUUUGUUGUUUUUAUUGAUUUAUUUUUAUCUGCUGAUUUUUGAACAAUUACCUAGAUAAAUAUUUUAAUUAUCGUCUUCUCAACGCCGAAAAAUGACCAAUGUUGAGGACCUAUAGAGGUGUAUAAAGAUAAAAAAGACAUUCAUCUUUCGCAAUUAUAUCGUGAAAUUAAUAUUAAAAUUUAACCAAACUUUUUUUCGCCUAUAAAAAAAUCUCAACUUCUUGAAUUUCAGCUCAUUAGAUCCAAAGGGAGCCACUAAAAGUGUCGAAAUGUAGCGGGGAAAAAAAUAAACAUCCAUAUAAGUAACAGACACGAUUUACAGUGCAAUUAUCUCUAUUUGCAGAAAAAAUUCGACAAAACUCGAAUUAUUAAUAGAAUUUUAUAAUUUAUACGCUAUCCGUGUGUCAGAAUAAUAUACGAUUCACCGGGAUUUAGGUUGUAAACUCGUAUACCUAAAAGGAGAAGGGGGGGGGGUCUGGUCACAACAAACCGUCGAGGAUCGGAUGUCCACGAUAAGGUAUAAAGUUUUCGAUGUUAUCCCGUUAUAAUAAUAAUAAUAUAUUGCCAUUUAAUGUUAUCGCGAAUACGUGUCGCGGGUCUUUUCCGACCGGUUUUCCGAUUUUCGAAACGCUCUACUCCAUAAAAUAUGCCCGAGAAUAUCCGUAAAUCUCCGCUGUUUUUGUAACAUUUCAAUAUUAUAAUAUUAUUAUCAUCAUACUAACACACUCGACAUAGUGGCUUAUCUAGGAAGGUUGCAUAGUACAUAUGGACUAUGCCCUAUCCCCAAUUUCGACCAAAGAUGUUAAAGAUUUGUUUUUUCGUGGAAAACACUUUUUUGAUUAGUAAAACUACUCAGAAUUUUCCACGCCCUAACUUAAAAUAUGCAAAAUUUUGGAACUUUAAUACUUUAUUUUGAUUUUUUUUUUUUUUUUUAUUAUUACUCAUUAUCCUCUGCCUUCCUCCCUUUUGUACACUCUAAUCACGUCACUGACUCGGUGAUAUAAUUUUUCGAAGAAAUUCAUACAUCACGAUAAAAAAAAAAAAUCGGAUUCCGUCUUGUAAGCUAUUUCAAUUUAAUCGAUAAAAAAAAACAGUAUUAUUAUUGCCUUGUGCGGGACAUGUUCCGAUCGAACUUCUCGUCCCGGAAAUGCGUCGAAUUCUCUAGAAAUUAUUUGAACGGAACUGCAGUAUUCACUGAAAGAAAUAAUACGUAUGUAGAAUGAAUUUUUGAUAAGAAUCAACAGUCUUUUCGUAUUAUUCAUCUCUAAUAAUAGCGUUUAGUGAAGUAUAAAAUGUAAGAGAAUGUUUUAUUUUUUAAUAAAAUAAAAUACCAAAAAUGUAGUAGUUUUUAGAAAUAGUGUUUAUCCAUAGGACUAGCUGUACCAGUUUUUCCUGGCCUUUAUUUAUUCCUUUUUUAUAGUUUACGAAAUUUAUAACCGAACUCCGCUCAGAAUCGUUUUUUGUUAGCAAUGAUUAAUCUUUACGUAAAAAUAUACAUUACAUUUCUCCUAUACUUUUCCAAUCAUCACCUACAAUAGUGGCCCACCUAUUGUGCGAAGUAUGUCAGUUUGUUUUUUUUUUUUUUUUUAAUUUUCCCAUACUAUGAUAAUAAUAUAAUUUACGUUUCUUUUGAAUAUCUCCUUGUAGACUUCGAUAGCCCACGCUUUCCACGCGAGCUUCUUUUGAAAUUUGUAUAGAAAUUAUUUCUUUUUAUAUUUAACGUUGAGAAAACUUCGCGGCGGUCCGUUAUCGUAAGGAACCCAGACCCUCGGACCACGCGUGGCGGUAGCUGACAGUGACGACAAAAAAAGCUCGUACCCUCGUCUGUGUCAGCCUAAAAUCACGGAAUAUUAUAAUAAUAAUAAUAAUACAUAAUAUGCGACACACGUGCACCCACAUAUGUAACAAUAAUAGUAUUGUAGUUUUAAAUACUUCAUCGGUCAGUAAUAAAAUCCAAUUGUGCCUUCAAAUCGCACGCUACACCAGUCGUUAACAACGACGCCACUGACACAGUAGUACCUAGUACCGAAAUACUAUUAGCAUACGAUGUCAUGAUAUAUCAAUGAGACAUCAUAAUCUCGAAAAGAUAAGAAAAAAUAUUGAAAAAAAAAAUUACAUAAAGCUUUUAAGAUUUCGGAUGGUGACAAGUUGUAUGUCGAACGUUCACAGUUAAGAAGUCGUUGUAAGAAACUCUUUAAAUCAUGUUAAUCUAAGUGCCUAAAACAUAUUCAAGAUUCCCUAAUAAAUAACCCCAAAUAUUUUUGUAAAUUUAUCAAGGAUAAGAAACAAAGUAACGAUCUUCCUAAUAUUAUGUGUUCUAAUGAUAACACCGCGAACAAACACGAUAGUGUUGUUGAUCUGUUUAAGUGUUACUUCGAUUCAGUCUACACUCCUAGUCAAACUUUUCCUUCUUAUACUCUACACAACUCAUCUUACACUUAAGACAAAAUUGAUUUUUCUUCUGUUUCGGAAAUACUUAACUCUCUAAUUUACUUGUCAUCUAAAACAAAAUUAGGUCCUGAUCAAAUUUCCGAAAUAAUUUAUCGAAAUUGUUCUUACAUCUCAGCUCAUCCGAUUCAUUAUUUAUUUAACUUAUCAUUAUCGAAAGAAGUUUUUCCUGAUCUUUGUAAAACUAGUUUUAUUUAUCCGGACUUUAAAUCCGGGAACCGAUCUCUCGUGAGUAAUUGUCGUCCUAUUUCUUGUUUGAGUUUUUAUCAAAAUUAUUUGAAAAACUUCUUGAACCAAAAAUAUCUAAUAUAUUUAAAACUGUUUUAUCUGAUAACCAAUAUGGCUUUCGUAAGGCGAAAUCAACCUUAACCGAUUUAAUGGCGUUUUAUUCUGAUUUAACACAAUCAAUAUGUAAUGGUAUUCAAAUUGAUGCCAUAAACACAGAUAUUAGAAAGGCAUUUGAUACAAUAAAUACUAAUAUAUUAUUAAAUAAAUUGGAUAUUAUUGGUGUAAGAGGUCCAAUUCUUUUUAUGGUUCAACUCCUACCUAUCUGACCGAAUUCAACAAGUUAAGAUAGGAAAUUCAAUCUCACACAAUAUCCUCUGGAGUGCCAUAGGGCGGUCAUCUUUCAUUCCUGCUAUUUUUAAUUUUUGUCAAUAAUUUAAAUAAUUUAUUUCAAUUUAGUAAAUCCGCCUUGUUUGCGGAUGAUUUAAAACUAUUUAUGCCAAUUUCUUCAAUAGAUGAUUGUAAUAAGCUACAAUAUGACCUCAAUCUGUUCAGUUUAUGGUGUGCUAACAAUGACUUAGACCUAAAUACGGAUAAAUACAUUCAAAUCACAUUCAUUAGAAAUAGGCAUAAUUUUAUACUCAAUUGUCGUAUAAAUAACAAAAAACUCGGUGUUGCAUCUAAGGUUAAAGACUUAAGUAUUAUUUUUUCUAGUAAUCUUAAAUUUACCGAUCAUAUUAUUGAAAUCCAUAAUAAAGCUAUACGUAUGUUUGGGUUUUUAAAACGCAACUGCUGGUAGUUUCGUGAUCCAAAUUGCCUGCAUGUUUUAUAUCUCUCUCUCGUACGAUCAAUUCUGGAAUAUGUUUCGAUAAUCUGGUGCCCUCAUCAAGAGUUUCUUAUAAAAACAAUUGGAACGAAUCCAAAAUCGUUUUAUCCGCAUACUACCUUAUAAAACGAACAACGGUAAUUUAACUUUGCAAUAUCUUGCUUUAAAAUUGAGUAUGGAAAAUCUGGAAUCUAGAAGGCGAGUUAACGAUUUACGCUAGCUUUGUAAUUUACUCAAAUCAAAAAUUAAUCGUCCUGAAAUACCAGCUUUAAUUAAUAUAAAUAUUCAAAACAUUACGUUAAGAUCCACGACCCCGUUCUAUGCACCUACUUGCAAACGUAAUUAUUGCCUAUUCGCACCGGUUAACCGGAUGUUAACUCCAGGUAAUAAACUUAAUAAUUCUGAUAUUUUCUUUAAUUCUCUCUUGGAGAUAAAACAUUGUUUGAAUAUAGUUGUAUUCUGUAGUUCUGAGUUGUCUUGAGUGUUUACUUUAUAGUUCAUAGUGCUAAUAUUGCCUUACCUGACUUAUUUUUGUUACUUCUUGUUAUAUGUCUACAGUGUUUACUAAAAUAAUUUUAACCAUUAUAUAUAAAGACAUAAAGCAUAUAUAUAUAUAUAUAUAUAUAUAUAUGCAUUAAUUCUCUACACACUCUAUGCCCAUCGGGCGUUUAUAAAUAAAUAAUAAUGGGAAACCGUUUAUUAGCGGAUUCGACACUCGUGCAGUAAUUUAGGUACCAGUUAAUACAUAAUCAAGUGUCUCAUAAAAAAUGUAUAAUGUGAGAGAGAACCGCGAAACAAAAUGGAUGCUCGAUUGUGUUUUAGUUCACACGGAAGUGUUUCCGUGAAUACUACGAUUCCCCUCUUGGCAAAUAGUUUCGCAUUCACAGUGUAGUAUUAUAACAGUAGGUAUUUCACGCAGAGUUAUAAAUUAAUAUUAUAUAAUGGUUUAUUUAUUUUUUAGAGGGAAAGAGAUAGAGAGACAAGUCCAGAUUAAACUAUUUAGAGACUCCGGAGACAAACUUUUAAACAAUGCGCUCUAAAAUAAUAAUAAUAAUAAAAAAAAAAAAUAGUAAAACCAAUAUAAUAUGUAUUUCUUGCUGUGAAUUGUGAUAAAAGUUAUAGAGUAUAAGACAUUGUUAAAAAUUAUCAAUGGUUACAGAUUUCAAGUUAAAACCUACAAAUUGUAUUCAAAUAAAUACAUAUUUUUAUACAAAUCAUUUUUCGACAGUUAAAAUCAAGUUAUAGUUUAAUAAAACUCAAAAUAUGUUGGAUUUAAGUGAUUCCACUAAAAUAAUAAUGUAUGCCUACUACGUAAAUUGAAAAAAUCUAUUCCAGACAAGAAUUUAUUAAUGUUAAUCGUCCGUUUAACAGUUUCGUUAUAAAUAAUUAAGAUUGUCAUUACAUAAAAUAUUAAUGACUUUAGUAAAAUCUGUAUUUUAAUUAAUUUUAAAAUUCUGAGAAUCUUUACGUCUUUAUAAAGGAUAAAAGAUCUAAAAAAAAAAAUUCAAGUAUAAGUGUUUAAAAAUUGUAUAUUUGAUUUCUAUUUAAUAGUUAUGUUCAUUAAAGUAAAUUUGUGUUAGUUAUCGAGACGUCAGCGCGGCGAAACGUAUAGGCAAUAGUAGUACGAUACUGAGUUGAGGACUAAAUUAUUAUCUCACUGAUUCGUUUUUUUUCUUUUCGAUUUAUGAGCGUAGCUGCAAGAUUAUUGUUUUUAUUAUGGGGUUUUUUCGUGUGUUAACAAAAAAUUACCUCCUCUCCCAUGAAAACACGGUGAAAUAGGUAUUGGAAUUUAACCGAAAUUCGAUCACUUCAAAAAAAAAGUAUUUAAAAGUAACGAGAAAAAAAUGCAAAACACACAUUAAAUGUAUACAGUGUAAUAGUAUAUUCAGAUAACCGUCAGCACGGAAUAGUGACGAUUUCCGCGAUGAUCACUGACAUGCAUAAAUCACCCGAAGGAGAAGAACCGUAGACACCUAUGGUUAUUAGUAAUACACGUACAAGCUGAGUUGUAAAACUGUGAAACAAUAAAAAUAUUUUAUAUGAGUUACUCCGUGGUAGUAACUUACUUCGACAUUUCCUCACCUGAAUUAUAGGUACAGUGUGAUCAUUAAUGUAGUGUGUGAUUAGCUACGUAAAUUUUCGGUAAUAUUUUGAAAAAAAAUCUAAAAAAACCAACCUGUAAUAUACGUUCACCAUUUAAAAUUAAAAUGGUUUUUUUUUUUUUUUUUUUUUAUAAGCACGUCUCGUUUUUAAAUAGUAAAUUUUCCGUUUUAACGCACACACUGCACAUAAUAUUAAAACAGCAUGUAUUAUUAUAUAUAUAUAAUAUGUAUACCGCAACGUGAUUUGACAUGUUUUCCAAAAUAUGUAUAAUAUCUGCAGAGCGCUAAAUCGUCAGACAUAGGACACUCAUUAUUAUAAUAAGACUUCUGAAAUGUUUCUCGCUGAGAUUGCCCCGUGUUUUAAUACGCCACAAAGACGACAUUUCCCAACGGAACAGUGCAGUUGCCAUACACGUGUGUUACAAUAAUAUAAUAUAUGCUCAAAAUACAAAAUAACCGACAUAAUUGAACGCGUAUAGAGCUGACAACGUCGAUCAAUUAGAUGUCUAACGAUAAUUGCAGUAAACUGGGGGAGAUAAAUUUUUAAUUCCUUUGAUCCCGUGUAGAAUCAAUUGCUUUUUUAAGAGAACAGCUCCGAGAAAAUCCCCAAUUCAGUCGAUGUGCGUUGGAAUACCAUCAAAUAAUUGCAAAUCGUCUUUCCAUAAUCGCGUAUCGUUUUAAUUAUUUAUUUGGUUAUUUCAAACGUUUUGGCUCGUAAAAUCUGAGCAUUUUACUCAACAAAAUUAUUUUUUAAAAAAAUACUGAAAGUCUCAAAAUAGUAUUGUAUGUAGUACAUAAAAAAAAUUGUUUAAACAAAUUUAUUUUAUAAUGAAUUGAAGAAUGUGUAAGUGGCCAAAACAAAUUUACUAUUAUUUGAAAUCAAUUUGUGAUUAUUUGAUAUCAUUUUUAAUCGAAUCAAUUGGUAUAGUAAGCUAACUUCACGUACAUUAUAGUUUUAUAGCUUCGCACGAGAAAAUAAUAAGUUCUACUAAUAGUACCAAACAUUCGAUACGCAAUAAUAAUAAUUAUUUCUUCCCAUUUUAGGAAAAUUUAUAUUUUUUCGAAGCAUAACCGAUUGCAAAUAAUCAUAGUGAAACCUACGCAAAAAAUAUUCAAAUUACAUAUUAUAUAAAACAAAUAAAAGUUAAUACUGUUAAUGGGUGUGCCGCUGUUGUAUGUGAAAAAUAAGGAAUAUAGGAUAAAAAGAGAUAUUGAAUUAAUAUCUUUUCACAACGGUAUAUUUUUGCAAACAAAAUAUGAUCCUGAGCGAAGUUUGACUACACAUGUUUCAAAAUGUCGUCAUUUUUACGAUUUUCAUAAACAUCUGAACUUAAAAUGCUUUUAAAAAAAAAACUACUACAUAACACUCAACUUAUUUUUUUUCCAAUAAGUGCAACUUUUAAUGAACCUCGUAUUAAAUUGUCAAGCAUUUUUUACUUCUCAAAACAAUUUUACUCUCAAAAAAAACACAAACGAAACUAAAAUAAAAAUUCACUACAAGGUCACUACAAUUAUUUUUAUUUGAACAUCAAUAAAAAAAAAAAACAAAAUUAAAAAUAAUGAAUUUGUUACCAUCGAAAACUUUCCCGUCUUUUCGGCUUUUCCCAAUUAUUAUGUAAACUUGAAUGAAAAUCAAAUCUUUCAGAAAAAAUACUACAUUUGAAAAUUGGAGCACCUUAAAAUAACUAGAAAGUUGAGAAACAGGGGAAAAAACGAAUAAUACAACAUCAAAGUGAAACCAAUGCGUUCCUCAUUGCACUUAAAAUCUAGAAAUCUUAAAUAAUAUAAUAUUGAAAAAAAAAAAAAUAUCUAAAUAAUGAAUAUAUUUUCUUCUCAUUUUACUUUUGUAAGGCACUAUAUAAGAGUUUUUGGGUAACAAUAACUCUACACUUCCUUCGGUUUUACACGAUCCUGGAUAAUACAACUACGACAGCGCACUCUCGAAUUUUCAAAAAUCCUUUUGAAACACAUCUCACCACCGCAUUUGUUCGGACUUUGGCGCAUGAUUUCUUCGGGGAAAUUGUAAAAAUAUACAAACCGUUUAAAUCAAUUUAGACAAUUUGCAUACAAGUAUAUUUUAUACCGAUUCGAUCAUUUAGUUAAAAAAAUAGUUUGUCUGUUUGUUUGUACGUUUUCGAAUUGUAAUAAUCAAUAUUAUCGUGUACCCCCGUCGAUACUUUUGUUUCAAAAACGAAUUCCAAAUAAGCGCGGUACCGCGGUUUCUCGCGUUAAAAUAUUAAUUAUAGAUUUUGUUCUCGUGGGCUUAAAGCCGUUCGAAUAAUGUACAUGUUCGUUCGUACUCGUUCCUCGGGUCGAACCGCCGUUUCGAAUAGUCAUAAUUAUCAUUGUUGUUAAAUAGUAUUGUACGCACGCCAUUGGCGAAAAUUGUUUCCAAAAAUCACGAAUACAAUUACUCGUUCAUCGUCAGUUUAAAAAAAUGGUUUUUAUUCGAUUUUCUCGGGCGAUUCAACAAUGCCGUUUAACCUGCGCGGUACGAGAGGUUAUUUUACUCGUCGGUUCCUUUUUUUUUAUUAUAUAUAUAUAUAUAUAUAUAUACCUAUAGACACGUAUGUUUAUGUAUUUACACUUUUUGAUGAUUGCCGUUCUUGUCCGCCUUUUAGUUUUAUACGUGCCGUAUAUAAAUAUGUUUAUACUCGUUUAUAUAUAUAUUUCUUAUUGCAUACAUUCGGGAGAUAGCUUUUAGGUAUUUUAUUAUGUCGCGUGUUGGCGCGCAGUCGAGAGCAUAACGCCGUAUCCGUUGUUCUUCAAAAGCCCACUCUCCCGAAUACAUAUAAACGUAUAAAAACUUAAUGUUUUUCAUCGUUUUCGGAACAAUUACAAUUUACUACUUUUUCACCGCUAACCCGAUUCGUCGUUCCGACAAACGGCAUGCAAUAACCACAGCGGCGGCCACAUUAAUUUCCAUUUUAGGAUGGUAUGCUGUACCAGUACGGGCGGAUCCGGGACAAAAUAACGGCGGGAAGGGGGGUAUUUCGAAAAAAAAAAAAAAAAAAACUGAGACUUAAUACGCAUUUAAUAAUAAAUCAAAUAUAUUGGAGAGUGAACGGAGAGACGAUCGCCCCUCUGUGGAUUUGUCACUCUAUACGAGUAUUGCUAUGUUAUAUUACAAAAUGAUUAAAAUUCAAAACGUUUUUAAACAUCUAAUAAAGAGAAUAUUGACAACGCAAACAUUAUGCAUAUAUUUUUUAAUUUCGUUAAUUCGAUCAUUUUUUUCGAUUCCGAAUGAAACGAGGAAUGUAUUAGUUUUACGAUAUUGAUUAUUUUUUUGAAAUUUACAAUACCUUUUCUGAAAGAAAAUUGUAUCCUGUUGGUACUUUAAAAGGUUAUUUUUUUUAUUUGCCAAUUUGUAUUAUUAAUUUUGUUUUUUUGUUUUUUUUUUUUUUUUGUAGUUCUGUUUAAAUAGUUGUAGAGACUUGAAAAUAGGAUAGGAAACUCAUAUUUGCCUUUUCAAUAUAUGAUAACAUUUUUAAAAUGUUUGAGACAUUUUAAUUUUGCGAGUUUUACGAAAUUUUUAUUCGGUAGAUACUCUGUAAAAAAAAUUGUCAGACCAAAUAAAUAUAAUUGGAAAUUUAACAGAAGAUUUAUUAUAAUUUGUACUUAGUGAGCAAUAAGAACAAGUGAUUAGGUGGUAUAAAGUCGAUUGCUUAAAGAAGAGGUGCUGCAUAUAGUUGACACCCCCAUUGUAAAAUCGGAUUUUCCAGAGAAUUGUUGAAGUUGCAAAUUUUAAAAUUGGCAUUGCAAAUUGUUGCGAAUCAGUUGCAAAAUAUUGACACUGGUUUGAAGUUGAUAGCUCAAAGUGGGGAUGCCAACCUCACGAACGUGGUAUAUUUUUGGAUAAACGAAAAACACAAUUCGAAUAUUAUUUCCACCAGCGUCGAGGUUAUAUGCUAUAAAUAAAAAUACUCGGAGAAAAAUUCAAAUUGUAGUUCUGCAUCCGCAUAAAUCAAUAAUCUUUGAGAAAACAUAAUAAUCAUAGGUUAUUAUUUCAUUUUAUAUUAUGAAAAAUUAGUUAAUCAGUCGUUUUUUCUUUGGUGGAUUUAACGCCAUCCAGUUUUUCAUUUUCUGACUUGUAUUUAUUUUCAUUAAGUUUUUCAAUCAGUUUUUGUAUUUUUCGUUGAUCCUAACAUAAUGUAUAUAAAUAACGAUGAAUAGUAUUGAUUAUAAUUAGAGAGCAGAUUAAUAUUCUCUUAUAAUACACAAAAAGGUGCUAUAAACGUCAAAAAUUCUCUGAAAAAAAAAAACACUUAUAUAAAUUUAAAAAAGAAAAAAUAGAGGUGUUCAAAAAUCCCCCUUAAAGCGGAUUUAACUUAAAAAAUAAUAUUUUCUAAAUUAUCGAAAUUAUUGAUAAAAAAUAAUUCUUUUUAAUAGUAUGAAUGGUUUUAUUUAAAAGAAAUUAUUUUGUGUAAAUCAUUUUUGUAGUGUUUGGAAAUUAAAUUAAAUAAGUUAAAGUCAUUAGUGGAGGAAUUUUUGAACUCCUCUUUCAUUUUUGCUUUUUUAAUUAUAUGUAAGUGUUUUUUUACAGGGAUUUUUUUGACGUUUUAAAGCGCCUUUUUGUGGAUUAUAGAAGAAUAUAAAUCCGGUCUCUAAUCAUAAUAUAUAGAGUACUAUUUAUGAGGUAGAAGGUUCUGACAUUCAGUUAUUAGUAAGAAUAGAAAAAAUUUCUAUUAUUAUUUAUUUACAGAAUGAGAUUUUUAAAAGUUUGAACCCCAACUCGGUGUCCAUUAACUACGGCCUUGUUAUAUAUAUUUGCCCUUUAUAAUUUACCUUUUUAAAAAAAUAAUCUUUUUCCAGAACAUCACCUCUUUCAGCGAUUUUUCCGCCUGAUUUUUUGAUAUCGCCGUCAUGUCUGGUCGUUCGCGAAGUCGAAAAUUUUCUACCGCUUCGACUUAAAAAAAAAAAAUUGUAUAUAACACAUGUGUUGUAUGACUUCACCUAACAGAUUAAAUUUUAAACCAUGUCUCCCCGUCCCGUCCUUUACAAAUCAUAGUUGUUGCCCAGUAAUUAUUUAUUUUAGAUUCUAAAUAAAGCGAAAAAUAUAUUGAAUUUACAAAAUCGUUUAUUAAUUUUUUUACUUUUUUUUUAUGUAAACACUUUUUCUACCAGAAAGCUUACUCCGAUGUAUAGAAUGUAAACUCUUUUCUGAAAGAAAAUGUUUUCUUAGGAGUUUUCCCAACAAAUGUAACAAACCAAUAAAAAACGCAGAAAAAACGGGAAAAUGUACGAAAUGUAUUAGUAAAAUAGUCUAAUAUUUUUAGAAAAUUUUUCUAAAAGGAAAUCUGACUGGAGAAGUACUUUCAAGAAUUCAUUGUUUGAUUUUCACAAGAGUUCUACCAACAAAAAUAAAACAAAACCGUGAAAAACUUAGAAAAAAACGGGAAAAAUGGUACAAUAUUAAUUAAACAUUAUUAAAGAUAGUAUAUAAUGCCUAUUUAAUUAUUUUACUAUAAUUUGACGUAUAUAUUGUUGACAUAGCAAUUGACCUGCGCUAAGAAUCGUAUUUUCGUUAGCAAUGGUUUAUCGUUUGCUUAUAGAUAUACAUUAAAUUCCCUCUUGUAUGCUACCUUCCCAACUUCUCACCUACAACAGUGGUGGGUGCAGCCAUUCGCGUUAUCCUAGAACGGCAUUUUUUUUUUUUUUUUAACGGUACUUCCUUUACCUGGGACAGCCGAGACAGCCAAAUUAAUAAAUAACUAUAUCAAAUACGCCUACGUACUUAAUGUAUUAUUUAAUUUGUGAUUAUUAUUUUUCUAAUAUUAUAAGUACACUAUAACGUAUUUUAUACUCACACAAACGAAUGAAGUAAAUUAGAUUUGCCUCGUACAAAUGACAAAAUCAUGAUGGCGAUUAUCCGAGUACAGUAAUAUUAUGUUAAAAACGUUUAAGUGAAUAAAUAAAAUAUGCGAUGAUAUAUUCAAUUAAUCGUUUUAAGUAGAAAAAUAAUUUUAAACUAUUUACUGCUUAGGAUUGAAUGCUGUCAAUAAUAACUACGGGCUACCUAACAACGGUUCAGCGAAAAAAAAAAUAAAUAAUAAUAAUAAUAGUAAUAAAACAAUUGAAACUAUUUUUGUAACGAUCGUAGCGCAAGCGUUUCAAGAAAUUGUUUAAAAUAAUUUUACGUAAAUCGUAUUAUUUCAAGAAAUAUAUACUAGUAUUAAAAAAAAUACUUAAAACGUCAAAGCAGUAAAAUGAAAAAAAAAUUAAUACAAAUAAAUGUAAAUAAAACUGUAAACAUAAUUUAAUAAAUUGAUUUGUUUAAAAUAAUUUUCCGUAAAUCGUAUUAUUUUUAAAAUUAAUUAUUAAUGUUAAAAAAUCACUUGAAACGUCAAAGCAGUAAAAUGAAAAAAAAUUAAUGGAAAUAAAUGUAAAUAAAACUGUAAUCAUAAUAUAAUGAGUUAAGUUGUAUUUACAAUUUGUAUAGUAUUAAUAGGGCAGAUAUGCAAUUGAACCUUUACAUAUACCGGUAUUUGGAGACGCGCAUAAAAAAUACCAAAAACGCCCUUUAAAUAUACUCCAAACAAAUAUCUAGAUAAAAAUAAAACUCAAACGUACGAAAUCGUUCUAUAAACUCUAAAAGUGUACUAAAUACUAAAAUAUACUCUAAAAAUCCAAAAAUAACGACAAAAUACGAAAAUAAAAAUGUUGAAGGGUAUAGAAUUGGUAGUUUACGAAACACAUUUUGGUAUAGCAAAACGUAGCUAUAACUAGGCUAUGUUUUGGACGAUCAAUUGAAAAAUCCAAAACCAAUGAAACUAUCUGCGCCGUAUUUAUUAUAAUACAUCGACAAUCCGGGCUGUGAAUCCGGUGAACCCGAUGAUCUUUAAGACGGUUACUGAAAGCGCACUGAUAAUGCAGUUAAACGGUAAGUGCAAUAAAUUAUCGUAGGGAGAGGAGGAUGGGUGGGGGGGUGGAAGAGAAUAAAAAAACCGCCUUAGAAAAUCGAAAAUAGUAAAACACGCGAAAUAAAAAUGCCGAAACCGAGUUCGCUAUUGGAAUCGAAAUAUUGUUUUUAAUAUUUUCGCGUACGCGUUUAUCCUAGGAAAACAAUAGGAUUAUAAUACGCUGCAAAAAGCUAAAUCAAAAACGCGUUUCCUGCAAUGUGUACAGCCCCGCUUAAAAUAAAUUAAAAUAACGUUGUAAUUUUAUUAUCAUUACUAUUAUUAUUACGCGACCGUCAUUGCGUUAAAAUAUUAUUAUGUAUUUACGGUGUUUAUGACGGCCCGUUUGGCGCGUGCACGCAGGUAUCGUGGAUGCGGAAAAGAGAUUUGCAUAUACUGACGGCGGGUGUGCUGACUUACACCAGUGACCAGAGAUUCCAGGUCAUCCACCCGGAUAACUCGGACAAUUGGACCCUGCUGAUUAAAUUUGCUCAACCGAGAGACGCCGGAAUCUAUGAAUGCCAAGUGAAUACUGAACCCAAAAUGAGUUUGGCAUUCCAGCUCAACGUUGUAGGUGAGUCGAGACAUAUGAAUUACGUAUUAUUAUACAGUAUUAUGUAGUAUGAUAUGUCCACCGGAUUUUGUUUUCGAGCCCGCGCGGGAACAUUAAUAUAUAAGGUUUUUUUUUUUUUUUUUUUGAUUUUUUUCAAAUCGUUUUACGAAAUGCUUCCGGCGGUUUUCCACGGUUCCCACGUAAAGCGGCGACAAUUCAAUGAGGCGAACAUUUUUUUGAAUUUGAUGUAUACUCGACUUAUCGAUUUUAACAAUAGAACUGGUAUGGGAUGCCCGAACACAGUGAUCGCCACUCAUAUCAAUGUUUAUGUUUUGAUAUUAUACUUAUCAAAAUUAAAUUGCGCAUAUUUUUGCCCGGGCGCCCGAGGAUACAAAUCGCGAACAACGACUCUCGUCAACCUCAAUUAACUCCCCUCGAUCGAAAAUAACCCUAAAUUCGCUAUAAAUGUGUGUGUGUGUGUGUGUCUAUAAACAACUUAUUUUUAUUUUCCUGAUGAAAUCUUGCUUUAAUCCAAAACUUAAUAAAAACAUUCUUACAGAAUUGUUGAUCUAGUUGGUGUCAGCCUUUCUUUCUAUUACAGUUUUACACGAGUCAUUUUAAACCUAUCGUGAAAAACCCGACAUUCACAUACGCAGUAUCUGCCGUAAUGAUACGUCCGUUUGUAUACGAAUAAAAAAAAAAAAAAAAAUUAAAGAGAACAUAAAUCGCACUACACCACGCGGUAUUGUGUUUCAUAUAUAUAAAGUUUACGGGCUCGAGUUUAUUCGCGCGCGGGGAAAUAUAUAGUUUGCGGAACGUACCUUGGACAUUUUGCCUUUUUUUUUUUUUUUCCUACAUAUAGUCAUGUAGAAACCGUUAAAAAAAUAUAUAUAAAAAAAUAUGUGUCUGGUGUGUUAAUAUAGAUGGGUCAGUUAAUAUUAAUAAAUGAAAAAAAAAAAUGAUACAGGUACCCCCAACCGACCUACCGCGCACAAUAAUACGUAUAUAAGAGGCGUCCACGUAUUAUUAUACACUGUGUAUAGCCGGAUACCCACCGUCCUCGGAUGGUUAAUCCAUAAUUUUAUAACACUUUAAAACGCAAUUUCACGCAUGAAAACCACUAUAACAGCGGCGGCAGCAGCACUGUCGGGACAAACCUGUAUAUUAUAAUAUUAAAUUAAUGGAGUUUUCAUUAGGUGGAUUUUAAUAUUAUUAUUAUUAUAAUAUAUAUAUAUAUAUAUACGAGUAUAGUGAAAUCGCGGUCGAAUCUGUGUAAUUAAAAAAAAUUAUUAAAAAAAAAGUUUAUAAAUAGUGUCCAUUUCUCUCUCUCUCUCUCUCUCUCUCUCUCUCGCUCUCUCUCUCUCUCUCUCUUUCACUCUCGCUCUCCCUCGGUCUCCUGAAUUAGUAAAUUAUUACCACCGAAAUAACAUUAUAUGCGUGCCGGUCACAAUUACCCACACUGCAAAAGGUACUCCGCUAAGGUUAGGCGCCUAUAACUGUAAUAUAAUAAUAAUUUCGAUCGCGACCUGCCGGUCGCCGCCGUCACCUCUAUUAUUUAUUAUCGUGAUAUUAGUGCCUGACCUCAGUAUUCGCGUUCGGACAAUGCGAGAUUCGGCGGAUCCAGUAACGGGUUUUUUUUUUUUUUCUUUUCAAAAAUACUAAUGGAUAUUGUUAUACGAGCGCACACUCGUAUGUAUAUUAUUUUUUACCUCGAGUAUCGGAACACUAUACGUUAACUUCGGAGUAAACUCUAGAAAAUAAAAAAAAGUCUGAUCUGCCGAUGGGUGUGCCGCUGUUGCAGGAGGAAAGUCGGGAACGGAGAUAUUUAAUUGUUAUUUUUACGCAACGAAAAGUCAUAAGUUUCAAUUUAAACACAUUUUGGUAUUGAUAUAUACAUAUUUUUUUUUUUUUUUUUUUAUUUCCUUCAAUCCGCCAACAAAAUAUUUCGUUCGGACAAUCUCCACCUGGGCGUGACCGGUUUCAGCCGAAAAUGACCUUUCCGUUUUCCACCAAUACCUUUUUCCGUCAAAUAUGAAAAAAAAAGUCGUUUUCACCAGUUAUAAAUUCUAUAAUUUUUAAGUUUAGGAGCCUCUUACGUAAGUGUUUAAUAAUAUUAUUUUUUUAUUAAAUAAAUAAUAUUAUUUUGUAAAAAACUAUAUACUAUAGUGUAGUGUAAUGAUAAAUUGUACACACAAUAUUAAUAUUAUUUGUAAAUGUCAGCUAAAAACGAUAAUUUUUAAGUGAUUUACAACAAAAAUACGACUUUCUUACUAACGAACUGAAUCCAAAAUGCAAAAAAAAAAAAUGUUCUCUCGGCAUUUUUGAUUAGAACGGAACUUUUGAUAGAAAACAUAAAGCGUAAAAUUUGUAAAUAAUGAAUACCAGUUAUUUGUCAGUUUCCAUUCACAUUUAUUUUCGUUAGAGUCGUCACUUAUUUAAAUCGAAAAAUUAAAAUGUAAUAAAUUAUAAAUAUAAAGUUAUAUUCAAAAAAAAAAUAAUAAUAAAAAUAAAGUAUUUAAUUUAAAAUUAAAACUGCUGUAUUUACUUAUUUAUUGAGUUUACAUUUUUUUUUCAUAACAAUAUUGUAGUCUUUGCUGAAUUCAUUGGUUGACAUUGUAAUCACAUUGUGUAAAGAUCGGAAAAACAGUCUGAAAAAAUACAAUUAAAAAUAUAUUGCCUAUAUCAUCUAAUUUUUUUAUUUUUAUACUCAAACCUUCUUCAUGAUAAUGGUUUCCAAUCAGUUUCAUGAAUUCGUAUCUUCUGAUUUCGUCUUGUUAGUGUUUUGAAAUUAAUUCUUCAUUUCGUUUACGUUUAUCAAUGAUAUACUUUUUCCUCGGUCUAUUUUUUAAAACAGCAUAGACGAUAGUCUGCAUAUUUUCUAUAACAACAGUAAUCCAUGGAAUCAUAUGCGGUGUUCGUUUAUAAAAAAAAGGAUCUUUGAAAACAGAAUGAAAUGAUUCACACGCAUCCGUUGUCCUGGUUAAACUUGCCGAUAAUGCAGCUCAUAGUGACGGAUGGUAAUAUUACAAUCGUCUUUUAUAUAAUUAUUUAGCAUAAUUAGAUACCGAUCAGUAGGAGCAUUUUGUUAAUAAUUCAGCAAACCAUAUAAAAAAAGAAAAACAUUCCGAGGCCUCCUGCACAUCAAGAAAUAAAAGACCAAAUGUGUGUCGUAAACAUUCGCCGACUUCGAAAUUCGUACCCUUAUAAUAUUGAUUUGAUUAAUCAAGAGAUUGUGUUUUCUUCCACCAUUAAUUAUUCAAUAAUUAAAAUCUUACAAUGAUGAUAUUACUUUUCGACCGAACUCCAGUAAUUGCAUUUUAAAUGGUUUUUUCGUGAUCAAUAUUUACAUUUGCCUGGGAAAAAAAUCGCAUUAAUAUCGUUGCUUUUUGGCAAAUAGAAGAAAGUGCAAAAACAUAGGAAGAUGUUAGUUUAUUUGGUAAUCAACAAAAUACGUACGAAACAUAUAUUGGUCGUUUUUAAAUCCACGAUUAUAAAUAAAUUUGCAUAAAAAAUGGGUACAAUUAUCAAAUGUUCAAUCCAUAAAAACAGUAUCAACUGAUGAAAAAAAUUUCAAAUUUGUGUAACUAACAAGGAAAAAUAAUUAUACUUCAUUUUUCAUCGCUGUGAUAAUGAGAGAUGUCCGUACUUAUUUGUUUGAAUAUAUACGUCAUUUAAUAUACUUGGUGUACUUCAGCAAUAGAUUUCAGAUUUGUCGAGAGAGUUUUACGUCUGUUAUCGUACAAAUUUAUUGUUACAUUCUAUUAAUGUCGUUUAGUAUAUUAUUUCUUUAGCACGCUCAUUAUUUAUUAAUAUAAAAGUAAAAUAAUUUUUUUUUUGGGGGGGGGGAGGGAUCUUGUACUUAUGUUUUCUAGUGGUUUUCUUUUACACGGGGUAUUGACAAUUUUCCAAUUUAUGGCAUAUGAUAUUGGUUACAACACCGCAGUUGUGUUGUUUUCCGUGUUCAACAUUUCACUGUAGUAAUUUAUUUUCGUGAAUACUUUCGCAUUACAUGAUUGAUUUUUUUUUUUUAAUACACCUCCGACGUACUCUAUGGUCGCCUUUAUACGCUUUGAUGCGAAGUAUAAAAUGAUUGCUUGUAAUUUGAGGAUUGUCACGUUCACUGCAAAUCAUUUUACCGAAAAUGGCUGUAACUAGUCUUAAUUGACGCAUAUCACACGCUGAUCGGUGCACACUAUUAUAAUUCAAAUAAUUCAAUAUUAGUUCCGACAAAAUUGAACAAAUUUCUGUACGCUAUCAGAUUAGAUACCUAUAAACCGAGAGAACAAAAAACCAGUAUAUAAUAUACCAGGUGCUCCGUUUAAGUAGGUACACUCAUUAUCUCGGAAAGUGGUGCAUUAUUAACACGCCACGCGCCGUACCGCCACACAAAUGAUACUCCACUACUCUUCUCCAACCCAAAAUUAAAAGUGGAAUAUCUCGUCAACGACUUGAAUAAUGUCUACACUAAAAUGUAUUUUAACUAAAAUAUUCCAUCUGAAUAUAGAAUUUUUAAUACACGUUAUCAUUUGAAAAUCAAAAGUAGUUAGUGGUUUUACCCCCAAAAAUAAGGGUGACAAAAAAAAAUAUAACUAUAAAACUGUAGAGCCGCUCGUUUCUUAAAUGUUCUAGAAAAAAAUUCCGGAAAAAGUUAAUAAUUUUCGAGAUAAUGAGUGUACCCACUCAAAUGUAUCACCUCGUAUAUCUAAAAAAAAACCAUAGUGAAUAUACUGUGCAAGGUGCAAAUUGUUAUUAACUACUUACUGUAAUCAAUACGAUAACUACUGCAUGAGCUGUGAUGAAAUUAUAUUGCAUUAUUGUAAAACGAUAUUUUUAAAUUUUCACGUAAAGGGGUUCUCAAACAUGAAAAUCCAAGAAUUGUAUUUUUAAUAACAGUUCUGUAUAAAAACGUAAUAACAUUUUGCGUCUUAUUUCGUCCGUCGACGGUCGCUUUUUUAGGUAUAUUAUAAAAUUAAAAAAAAAAAAAUCAGAAAUUCCGAGGGUAAUACGCUUCGCGAAACAAACGAGUAAACGCACGAGCGCAAAAACGUCAUUAUUAUUAUACUUUUCGAAGCGUUUUUUUCAGUCGAUUUUUUUCCAUCGAAUCUCGAUUUCCGCGUUAGGUAGCUACCUAAAUUAGUAUAAACGGAAAUCGUAAACUAUAUAAGAUUUACGCCAAUAACUUCGUUAUUGGCUGUAUAUUAUCACAGUAUUGGUUGUUACAAAAAAAUAAAAAAAUCAAAACGAAUAACGCGUUAUUGACAACAAAUAUUUCUGUAAUAUUGUUAUGGACUAGAGUCAACGAAUUUUUAGUUUUUCAAAAGUUUCAAACAUGAUGGCACACGCGUAUGCCGAUAAAACCAUAAAAUAUACUUCAAUAACAUGUAAGAAUUUUUUUUUUUUUUUUUAAGAGCUACAUAAAAUCAUAACACAUAAUCACUUUUACGACGCUCGGGAACGCCACAAUUAUUCACAAUCAUCCUUCGAAUCGAAAACCUCUGAUAUUGUUUUUUUGCUCGAUAAACUUUUGUCAAUCUAAUAAUUUGUACAUCGAUUUCGAAAGCGGGCGUAUUAAAAAUCGUGUCGAAAAUCGAAAUUUGAAUAAACGGCUUUUGCUCAUUUCAUUUGUUUACAUAAUACGAAAUUGCCACGGCUCUUUGCAAUAUAAACUGUUUCAUUACUUUGAACUCAGCAACUGUACGUGUACAAACGAAGCACGAGUGCAAUGAAGCGAUUUUCUUUUUUCAACUUGCCCCGAGAUUGAAAAUUCCCUUAAAACAGUUCAGACGAAUAUAUUCGAUUAGUUUUCGUUGCGAAAUAUGAGUAAUUUCUGUUGUAUCGGAGCUAAUAUUUUUUACUGGAUAUACUGUUAAAUACUAGCUGUCCCGCGCCCGUGCCAGUAUUUAUUGUUAUUUUAUCCAUAUUCAUUUUUGGUUUAGGCCGUGUCAGAAUCGAAUGAAAACAAAUAUGUGGAAAGUAGGUAGUCCGCCUUCGGCAGACUAAAUGCGUUCUGUUAUGAAAUUUGAAUAGUGUUAAUUAUAGUAGUUUUCUUUUCCGAACACCGAGGUAACCCUUGAAUAAACAAAAAUAAAUAAAUAAACAAUUAGAUGUUCGUUUCGUGCCGAAUGUACCUAAAUAUCCCCUUAGGAGUUGAAUUUUCGCAUAUAAUCUUUUCUUAACGGACGCAUUCGUUAUAAAUGCUAUCAGCGAGCCGAAUUUCAGCCCAAUCCGUCUAGUGGUUAGGGGGGCUGGGCGAUGAUGAAUCAGUCGGUCGGGACAUGUUAUUUUAUACACGUAAUAGAUAUAUUGUGUUUUGUUGUCCCUUUUAUCCUUACGGGUUUUUUGUAAUAAUUUCGAUUUUUAGCGCGUCAUCAGUUUGCACUAAAUAAAAUAGUAGAACGAACGCAAAAGGUUUUAUCUCAGGAUAUUGCAAUGUUGUAAACGCACAUUAUAAUGGUACGUUUAACGAUUUUCUGUAAUCCGUAUUUAAUGAUAGAGUCGGGAAAAAAUUACGUUUUGUAAUAUAUAUCGAUAACCUCGCGUCCACCAAUAUAACGCCGAAAAAAAAAGAAAAAGAAAAAAGAGGACGAAAGAAAGAAAACCGUCUUGCUCUCGAGCUCCGCAGAUUAAGAAACGACCGUAGUUCGAAACAGAAGUAAUGUAAAAAUGUUCGCGAAUUCUGCGGGCGGAUUACCCACGUGUAACCGUCUCCGAGGACUAUUCGUCGAGAUCAAUACUUUUGAAGUAUACGUUUUUAUUUUCGUGCCCGUUAAAUUACAAUAGCGUAUUACCGCCGCGAGCGUACCAAAGCCCGGCCCAUACACGACGGUGUAUUAUCGUUAACGGUGACGCCGCCGCGUAACGCCGACUGUCGCACAGACGGCGGCCGCACGGUGACAGUAAACUCGGGCGACAGCAGAAGACGCGUCGUGUGCGAAUUUUCGAUCGAAACGUCCGCGUGACAGCACAGUAAAACGGAACGUUUGCGUGCGCGCGAUUCGGCGGUUAAAUACGACGAUUUUAUGUAUGGGGUCACGGUGUAACGUGUAACGUUGUAGAAACGUAUGCGUUUAAAUAUCAUGAAUGCGUCAUUUGCGCGGCUGUUAUUCUCCCGACGGUUCGAUAGUUAUUAUCGCGGUGUUUACGCGCGACGACAGUCCGCGACGGUAACUAUCACGUUUCAGUACCGGUGUUCUGGUGUCGCGACAGUCAUACUAUCACCGCGCGGACCGGCCUCGAUAUUGUACGUAAACCGAAGCCGUUUAUUCCGUACGGUUAUCACCCGUACUUAUUAUUUCGGGCAUUUAUAUUAUAUGUUAAGACCGUUAAAGCUUAUCGCCGCAACCGCAAUAGACUCCGCCGUAUUUUCUCCCGGUCUGUUGAUGUUUUUUUCUGCACCCGAUACUCCGAUCAUUUCAAGGUUUGCUUUUACUCUAUCCUAACGCCGUUAUUUAGGUCGAAAUCCGGUAAGUUCAUCACCGGUCAAAUUUACCGGGGAAAAAAAAUGUAUUAUUAUUAUUAUUAUUAUUAUAUUCGUUUAUGCAAACUUUGUUUUACGAAAUAAACAUUCCUUGUUAAUUGAAACAGUAUUUAAUAUUCGACGUCACGUCAUAGUUUUGUUAUUUUAAUAUUAUGAACAAAUAUUAUUUUAGAUAGAAAAAAAAAAUAAAAAACGAUUAUAAAUCAAAAAUAUUAUAAUAGAAUAUUAUGCGCGUAAAUAUUUAAAAACCCGUCGGAUCUUGAGGUUGAAAGUUAUGAGCUAUACGUUUUACAAAAACAGCUUUGUCUAUAUUUUUAUAAUCGUCGAAAAUGUUGAAAAAUUCGUGUCUCGCGCCGCGAUUAAAAAGUGUUCUGCUACUCUUUGCGCGGUGACAACACCGCGCCGUGUGCACUGGACACACUGGACCAGGGGUCGGGGACCUGCGGUUCCUUAACGUGCAAUGUGUGGCUCUUUGGAAAAUGCAUCGAUAUCUAGACGCUCUGGAUCUAGAGCUAGACCCAUCAAAUAUAAAUUGAAAUUCGAAUUGUAUAAACAAUAAUAAUAAUAAUAAUAAUUAAACAAUGCGUAAUAAUAAUGUAUUAACGAAAUAAAAAUUAUCUAAAUUUAAGACGCAUGAUUCUGUUUUUCAUGCCUAUUAAUAUCCAAUGAAAUUGCAUAGUAAACCAUAUUAGUCGUUUUUCGUACUGUGGUAUGUUUAUUUUUAUCUUAACCAUUGCGACUAUUUAAAAAUCGUGGAUUCACAAUUUUUUUUUUUUUGAAAAUUUCUCAUUUGCACGAAAAGGUUCCCGACCCCUGCACUAGACUAAUAAUAACAAUCGACUAAUAAUAUAAAUUACGAGUUAUUGCAAUCGGCGCUUAUCGCUAUGAUGAUUUCGUAAAAAUCCGAUUAAUUUUAGAAUGUUCUUUUUUUUUUUUUUAUAUAAACUGUUUAUCUUGUAUACGAGUUAUAAUACCGAAUCUAAUACGUUUAACAUGAUAUUAUAUUAAAAAAGAUUAAGUAAAAUUUCGAAAAUAUUGGAACGGGAGAAAAACCAUUGUAAUUUAUCGUAAUUAAUUAUUUAAUUAUUUCCAAGGAAUAUUUAUUUUGUAAUAUAAACCGGAGAAAAGACUGUAUAAAACAACAUAAUUAAUAUCUUUUUUUUACGAACGAUUUAACCGGCGUCCAAUUUACCGGGACACAAAUAGGUCAUUAUGAGUCCGCUUUCCAUCUUGUUAUGUUACCCGGCGUUCUCUCGGAUAUCAGUACACACAUCCGGACCAUGUUAUUCUGCUGCUUUUCAUAACUCCUAUAAUACAGGCUUCUCCAGGAAUCAUUUGGUUUUAUAGGUUCUUAAGGACCCGAUAAUUGUCGGUUCUAACAUGAUUAUUUUAUCGGUACCUGUUUUUAUUUUUUUUUUUUAUGAUCACGCGGAUUGAAUAAUUUGUUUUUAUUUUUUAGAAAAUAGAUAUUUUUUUUCGGAAUAUUAUUUCUGUGGUAACUCCUAUAACCGAUAAUCGGUAGAACGAUUUGUUUUUGUGUACAUUUUACUGCUCGUGUUUGAAGUUGUUAGAUUGUUUUUGCGUCGUUUUUUACGUUUUUAAAAUUUGUUUCUAUUUCUUUAGAUUUUAAUUGGGUUAAAAUCCGUCUAUCUAUCAAUGUAAAUUGUCAUUUUAUUAUACGUACUGUACAAAAAUAAAAGAACUGGUAUCGAAAACCGAAAGAAUAAUGUUUUUAACUAGACAAAAAAUAUUAUGCUAAAAAUUAUAUAAUUAUUAAAUAACGUUAAUUUAUUAAUUUGUUUUGUUCGGUGUACCGAUUACGAAAAAUAAGCGUUUUUUUUUUUUUUUUUAAUAAAACGUUCUUAUAAUAUUAUAGAUUAAAUAAAUGUAUUUUUAGCACAAACGUAUGUCGUCAAGGGUCCAUCAAUAAUAAUAAUUGUAGGUACCUACCUGCCGCCACUUGUGCUGAUUUAUAUCGGAGAGAGAGAGAGAGUGUGCGCAACUUGAAAUACUGACUUCGGAAACUGCGGUAAAUCGUUAAAUUAUGCCGGGGAAGUUUCAGUAGUACUCAAAGUAUCUAUUCAAUCUCUUAAACGGUUAGAAUCCCGCGGUGUAAACAACUAUAAUAAUUAAUUCGAACGGGGGAGACGGGUAAAGGAAUAUCAUUUGCAUUUGCAGAUUGGUAAACGUCCGGUCAAUUUGUUGCUUUAUACCUGCGUUCGCCGUUUGAAUUUCACGAGUAUGCUCGUUGUAUUAUAUUAUUAAUUAGACAACAAGCGAAUAAUAAUGUUAACCCGUGCGAAAAGCAUUUGUUUAGCGCGAUAAAAUAUUUAAAAAAAACGAUAAACACGGAUGUUGCAUGAACAAUAAUAUAUUCGAUAAAACUAUAGGUGCUUCUUAAUUGUUAAUGUUUCGGGAUUUCAAAACGGUAGUUUACGCGUUUUCAACGGGAAAUAAUAAACGAUAUUUCACAGUGUCCAUUGCACGGUGACUGGAUGAGAUUUUACUAAUUUUCGCGAGUACGGUUUUAGAAUCUAAAAUGUUUGAUUCUAAUAAGAUUUAACGUCAAUCAUACACGAUUUUUCAUCGAUUUCAUGUGUCACAAAUGUUGACAUACGUUUACAAAUGUCGCAAAGUUUUCGACAUAAUAAUAGCAAAUUAUUGAUUUUAUUAGAAAUACGUCACCGCAUCUCCGCCGCUAUCGAAUUGCAAAAUGCGUUUUCCGGGUGAAAUAAUUUUCGUUUUAUAUUCGAAUAGACUUCCGGUGUGCAAAAAACAAAAGUUUACAAUUUUAACGGGUUUCAACAAAAAAUAACUGACUUGGCGAGCAAAAAUAAUGUAAAAUAUUUGUUAAAACCGAACUCUCUACGCAAACCCUACCUAAAAGGUUAUUUUACAAUAUAAUAUAGGUACAACAAAUUGUAUACAGUCUGCAGUUAGUAAGUGCCAUCAGUAAAUUUUGCGUGGCCUCAGGCAAAAGAAAUCGCUCUGUAAUAAAUUUUAGAACCGAGUAAAUUGUUUCUUUUUUUUUUUUUUUUUUUAAGAAAAUAUCCUCGAAGCUUAAACAUUUAUUUUUAAACGCGGAGCCGUGGGCAAUCGCCCCAGUUUCGCGCAGCCUUCAAGUAUUUUUUUAUAUUGUGUAUAAUAUACUAAUUUUCAGUCCAUUUUCGUUGGGGCAACAUUGAAAACUAUUUCUCCGGUAGUGGAAACAUAUUUUGGAAACAAUACAAAUAUUGUAUUUAGAAUCGAUACAUUAAUACGGUUUGACAAAAAAUUCAGAAAAAAAUCACUUUUAAUUUUGUUCGUCGCCCAUAACCACGUAAUAUCGUACGAAAAUUAUUAUUAUUGUUUUUAUCGUUAUUGUUGCUCGUGACGUCGCCGCACGAUAAAUCAUAGCGAAACGUGAGUAAACUUGGCAAGACAUAAUAUCAAAACGUAAAAAAAUAAAGAGCUUAUACCGCUGAUGGGUGUGUCACCGUUGAACGCGAAAAGGAAAGAUAGGAGAUAUUAUAUAUUAGUUUAAUUACGACGAAAAUUCGCUCUAGGCAUAGUUCGGUUGUACCUAAUUCGAAAUGCCGUAAUUUUGCACGGUAUUCGUCGAAAUUAAAACUUAAAAAUGCUUAUAAAAAAAACUACCACGAUACGCUCAAUUUUUUUUUUUUUUUUUUGUUUGGCCACAAAAUACAACUUACGAUAAUCCUUGUGUUAAAUUUUCGUGCAAAAUAUAAAAUAUUUUUAUCCACACAAAACCAAAUAGAAACUAAAACAAUUCGACAAUUUCAAAUAGCGUUUAAUCGCUCAAAAAUGACCGGAAUGUUUUAUUAAAAUUGUACUACGAGUAAAAAGUAUUUGAUGAAAAUUUCGGGUUUGCGAUUUUUUUAUUUUUUUUUUUUUAACCUGUGGGUUUUUUUCCGGUUUUCUUUAACUAUUGAGAAAACUACAAAUAAAAUCGAUGAUCGGAGCCGAAUAUUUUUGGCCGUGUUAUUCUGCAGUUUUCCGUCUAGUGAUUGAUUUGCGGCGAUUUAGACGCUAACCUCGACCGUCGGGAGGCCGGAAAAUGUGCUAACAGUCGGAAAAAAUAAACACGCGCGUCAUAGUAAAACCAAUACAUUUGUCAUCCGAAUCGACGAUAACUCACGCACGAAAACGAAAUUAAUUUCCGCGCGUCUCUUGGUUAUCGUCUCGGGAAGACGGUUUUUAGUCGGUAGUCCGCCGCGAAAUUAUGAUCUACGGUCAUUUCCCCGUCGGGACCCGGUGUUGUGUAUAUGGCCGUGUGUGACGGGGUCGAUGAUUGCGGAGUAAAUCAUUACGUUCGGGGGACGAAAAACAAACAAAAAAUUAUUAGUUUUCUUUUCUCGUUCGUAACCACGGCGUCGUCGGCCCGGCGAACGUGUAUUUAUUAAACCGCACAUGAUGACGACGACGACGACGACGACGACGUGUCGUGCGAAGAAACUCGGCGAGACAUCCAAUAACAAUCGUGACGGGGGAAAAAAAAAAAAAAAAAACAGGAUUUCAGUGUGCGUGGGCCUUCGUGUUCCCGUGAAAUAUAUUGUUAUUAUUAUGGUCUGAAUAAAACAACCGCACGGCUAUAAUACGGACGAUUUCAUCCUCUUCGUACACCAUAUAUGGUAUUAUUAUUAUACACGCUAUAUUGUUCGUCCACAAACUAAUAAACGGCCUUUUCCUGCGUGGGAACGUGUGUCGUAUAACGAAUAUUGUACAGCCGCGACACUGCACCCAACACCGUUGGCUCCGGGGCCGCAGCCCCCGACCCCCAAACGUUUGGCUAUUGACACGCGUCCUAUACGCGGUUGUAUGCGUAAAUGAUUUAUCCACGACGCUUAAAACACCGAAGUUUACCGCCGUAAAUUAAAAAAAACCGUUGACAAAAUAGACCAUCAAGUUGUUAUUCUGACAGUUGUUAAAUUAGUUUGAAUCAACAGUGAUCUCUGUGUAACGAUUUCUUUGUAGGAAAAAAAUCCACGUACACGUACUACGGUCCUCGAUAAUAUUCCAAUCUUUGAAUUGUAUUAUAUUUUGUAAUUCGAAUUUCAAUUAAUGUUUCCCGCUAGUGGUGAUACACUUAGACGGUAGAUGCGGACGAGACGAGCCGUCGUCGUCGUAAACAAGACCUAAUGGUAUUUAAGAAACGGUGUAAAACAUCCGACGACAAUCGUUUUCGAUAGUGAAUACAGGAUUCCCCGGGCAUCGACAAACGAAUACGUAUAGAACACUUAGCGGAGACGAAUUGUUUGUUAUUGAUUAUUAGCGUCGUCGCGGUAGGCUUACACAAGAAAACGCUCACGUUUGACAGAUACCUUCAAUAUAGGAAAAAAAAAACAGAAACGAAAUCGAUUACUUUCCGUUGCACGCGUGCACCGCAACCAAAGGCCCGAAACCCCGUUUACCGAACCGUUCGAUCGCGGUUCAGAAUCCAAAGGUGUUGGGAGCAUAACUAAAAUCGGCCAUGGUCCCUAAAAGAAUUCAAAGAUAAUACUACCGCGUAUAACGUUAACCGGGGCAAUUUUUUUUCCGUUCUUUAUCCAAUUCGCUUGGCGAAAUCUCAUUUGCUGCCUCGUAAACAUUGCGUAUGAUUCAAAAGUUCAACACUCCCCCCUUCCCACUCACUACACACUAAAGUUUAAAAAUUAUAAUAGGGCAUGAGUCCGCUAUCACUUGUAUGCCAUCUGGUGUCCCUCGAGGAGGCCAAUAGUGUUCCCUCUUCUGUUUGCUGUUUUUAUCAACGGUGCUGAACGAAUUUUACCCAACUGUAGUUUUCUUAUUUUUGCAGACGAUCUGAAAUUGUUUUGGAAAAUAUCCUCAAUAAGUGACUGCGCUGCGUUUCAAAACGAUUUAAACAACUCAGUUGAGUGGUUCUCUCACCUUGUCCUGCAUUUUAAUAUUGCAAGUCUAUGCCAUUGCUCAUUGAGUAGAAGGCGCUCUGAAAUUGAGUAUUCAUGUGAAAUUGACGAAGCUUCUCUAUCCAAGCUACUUGAUGGCUCCGUUGACUACAGAGUUCCUUAUCGUUCUCUGCGUUUUCACGCCCCCUUUUUUGUCCCGAUUCGUUCCACGAUCUUCGGUCGUGACCAUCCCUGACAUCGUAUGAUGCGACUGGUUAACGAAAACCCUUCUCGUUUUAAAUUUCUAAAUCCGCAUGCUCUACUAUUAAUCUAAUGUUCCUUUUGCAUUGCCUUUGUAAGCUGCCCCCUUUAAAUGGUAUUACGUUUGAUGUUUAUGUGUGGUCUAUGCGUUAUUACUUGUACGCGAGAUUGCCGGUCGUGGCGUUAAUAAGUAAUAAUAACAAUAAUAAUAAAAUAGAAAUUCCGCCGGUAUUCAAAUAUUUAAAAGCGAAAAACCGAGUGUGUGGUAUUUUAUAACGAUAUAGUGUCACCAUUGCGUAUAUUUUAUAAUACGCCAUCGCAGUAUGUGCUUUUGGGUUAAAAACUCGCGGAUUUAAAUUGUCGGACGAGAGACCCGUCGCAUCAACAUCGAUAAUCAAAAUCAAACUUUUCGCGUGAUUAUUCGGAUUCGCGGUCGGAGGCAGGACUGGCCGUUUCGGAGGAAUCUCGAUUAUAUGCAAAUCGGUAAUGUUAUUAUUAUGUUUAAAACGGGUCCUCUCCGUGCGCCGCGAUAAUAUUAUCGUUUUGCCCGCGUGAUAAUAAAUAAUAAUAUCGAGAUAAACGGGAUUCGGUUUGGACUCGGAGGGGUUGACGGCGAAUUAACGGCAUCGCAAUUGAAAUCGUCCGGCGACUUACGGAGCCAGUACGGCGGGAUGGGGGAUGGGGGGUGUUUAGAAAAAUACGAGGAAUUUUCGUCGCCUAACGUCAGUUUAACAGGCAGUUAGAUUUCGGACGGUCCGAUAGAUUAGGAUCUAUGGGUUUUUGCUUGAUUUCCGGCGUGGGCGGUUGAUGAUGUCUGCAGCGGAGAAAAUUAUAGCUGUCGCGGUCGCGUACGCCGUUUAUUAUUACGUGAAAAACCCACUGAUAUAUAUUACCAUUGACCCGGUUCGGUAUUAGAUUGCACCGCCGUCGUCGUCGCCGUGACGAAACUUUAGAAUUUCACCGUCUCCGCAAAAUAAGACCAUAAAACACUAUGCAUUCCUCCUUUCUUUUUUUUCCCCCUAUUUUUUUUUUCUCUCUCCUUUCUCUCUUACGUUUCGUAUAUAAAAUUGCGACAACAAAAUAAUUAUCUGUCAAAAGAAACGUGCAGAGACGACCGGUAAUCGCAGUAUUAUACGUGUGACGCUAUUCCGCGUUGUGUAAAAUAUUCCGAACGGAAGUAGUCCGCGAUUCGAUUUUCGGAAACGUUUAAAUCGAAAUUUACACUAAAAUUGUUGAUGCGUUGGUUUAUGGUACACCGUAGACGAUAAUCAAAUGUGUACGUUUUUAAAUUUUACGCGAACAAAAUUACUAUGAGUAUUUACGGUGAAUUCGGAUUUCACGUUGAAAACAGCUUUGAAUUUUCAGAAAAGUACAUUAAAUAUCCGAUUGUAGAACGUAGCUUUUUUUUUUUUUAAUACAAAGUUUUAAUCGUAUACGGUGAGUUCAAUCGUGAAACUUUUUGUUUCGAAUUUUAUUACGCAUUCGUUAGGUUGUUUAAUCUUUAAAUGGAUUUUUUUUUUUUGUUAAUUUUACGAUAUUUGUAUCAGUUUUUAAACGAAUAACAUAUUUUUUGAUGAAUAGAACUCGAAUAAAAUCAAAAUAGUAAUGGGUAAUUGCUUUCAAAGUACAUCACUUCAUCGAUUCAAUUAAUUUUGAUCUAUGCUAAUGUUGAUGUACAUUGGUUUAAAAAAAACAAAACGAUGUGCGUUUCUUCGCACUUGAAUUGCAUUUCACACGGCAUUUUUUACGAAUCGUAAAUGCAUUUUUCAGAGUUUUAUAGGGCAUAAAAUUGACAGCCCUACAGUUAUAAUUAUAAUUAUAUUAUAGUAAUUCGUGAUUGAAAUAAAAUGUAUAAUGUGCGUGAUAUUUUGUUUGCCGUUUUAACUCGUUUCGGCCGUGUUAAAAUUGUCAAAUUUUCAUAAAACUCGUUUUAUGAAAAAAAAAAAAAACACAUUAAUUUUUAUUUUUUUAUUAUUUUUUUUUUUUUAAAUUUAAGUCAGGCGCCUACUUAAGUUAGACGCUAUUUUAUCAAGAAUAUUUAUGUUUUUAAUACUACAAUGUUGCAUUAUAAAUAUAAUUCUCUUGGUUUUUCUCCGCCGCAAAGGCUUAUUAUUAUACUUUAUACUACGGGUUUUGACACCACCACCGCGCCGGGGACGCUAACCGACCGCAUGUAGAAAGAUCCCAGAUGAGUGAUUUCAUUAACUACAAGUAUAUUAUAAUAAUACGUGAUUCAGCCGGUAUCGUGUGUAUUUUCGUACCCUCAUAAAAUAUUCGAGCAUUAAACGAGUAGGGUAAAACGAGCGCGGUUCUCUGCGGAAAAAUGCUCGCGCACCGUGCAUACGCCGUAAAAGCUGCGGCGCGUGAAAGUAAAUUAUAAAAUUAAAAUAGAGUACCUAUUUAAUAAAAUUGCAGCGUGUAUAGAAAACGAUAAUUAUUCGGACAAAAUGGCAGAGAAAAAAAAAUGUAAUCAACGUGUAGGUGUAUUUUUACUACGGCUAUACUUAUUUAAAAAAUCAUGAUCCCAAAAACUAUCGCCUGUAUGUAUUACAUAGUUGUUUUUUCCUCAAACCCCUCUGAAUUUGAAUCGAAAAACCGACUCGACGGUAUUUUUGAUUUCGUUUCUUUCUCCUUCUCUAUUUCUAUGGAAAUUCUUCUUAUUAAAUAGAAAUAAAUCCCUUUCAAUGAACGUCGAUACGUAUAGUUUACACGGUUUCUAUAUAAAAAAAUACGUUUUAAAUCCCGCUAAUUUUAAAUGUAUUUACUUCCAUAUAGGUUUUCCCAUAAAAUAAACACGGAGCUUCAGUUUUUAUUUUGAAAUGUAUUUUCUAUACAGCAAAUACGCCGAUAAUCGAACUCAAAUAACAAUAAAUUAACGUGUCGUGUAAAAAACAAAAAAUAGUUCUCUUUACAAAAUAAUCGUUUAACCGUUUGAUUUAAUAAUCCAAAACGUUUUAAAACGAGGUUUUCUCGUUAUAAUUGGAUAAUACAAUUAGUUACCUACGUAUUUCCAUAAAUAUUCGUUUUAUUAAUGAUCGUGUGCUAUUCACAAUAACAUGUGCCAACACAGUAAAUUCGAGGUGCUGAUGAAUGUACUUCAAUACAAUAUACAAAAGGUUGUAUACUGUACAAUGUACAAAACUCCCGUAGCCGAAUACGUGUUUAAAUUGUUGACGCCUCAUUGGCAUACCUAGGCCUUUCUUACGCGGAGAGAAGGGGCGUAAAAUAUAUUUUCACCCGCUGCUUAAAAUAGAAAAUUCCUUAAACAAAAUAACGUCAUAGCUACAACGAUUUUAUUAAUAGACAGAGGAAUCGGGAUUUUUUAUACAUGGAAAAUAUAACAUUUUAAUGCAUAAAAUAAGACAUUUUUUAUUUAAUUAAAUACGAUAUUAUAAUGCGUGUUAUAAAUGUAUAAUACAGAGUCUAACCUCUGUUUUUGCAUAGAAGAAAAUCUUUCAAUGAUAUUUUAAAGAUUACUUAAUAGAUAUAAAUAUUUUAAAAAUACACUUAUUUCCUAGUAAAAAUGCAACAGUGCAAGCCCUGGCACGUUUAUUUUGAAAAUAUAAAUCAAUGAUAAGUGACAACAGUCGAACCACCAAAACGAAAUGAUAACACUGGAAACUUUGACCUGGUCGACCAUAGAUAACAAAAAUACAUUAAUAUCUAUGGAUUCGACCAUGUUACAUUAUUAUCAACUUUCUCAUGAAAAAAAAAUUAAAUUUUAGAAUUGUAGAAUUCUAAAUUAUUCUAAAAACAAAUAAAAUGCACACAUAAAAAUAUAUAAUUAAACAGCCCGUGAAUGCCUCCACAAUGAAAGGGUCAUGUACGACACUGUGACGCCUUGGGACACUUCUUAUAACACCCAUUCAUAAGAACAAAUCAUUUUAAAAUUAUAAAAUUAAUUAUGUUUUGAUUUCUUUAAGGAUAAUAUUCACAAAAUAUAAUACAUAAGUAUGUAAAUAUUAAAUAUAAAAUUAAUAGGUAACUGCUUUUAGAUUCUGAGCACAGCGAGGAUUGUAAAGGUUUUACUAUAGUGUGGACUUUUAUUUUUUCUUCUGUCUGUAAACAACUUUUUGGUCAAAAAUUUUGCUUUGGUUUUAAUAUAUAGCGUCUUUACUGAAAGUAAAUUGUAUCUUGUUGAUGUAUUGAGGGAUCGUUUUUUUCAUUUUCUUUAUUAUUGUAUUUAUAAUUGAUAAAGUUUACUACAUUAACGGUUCGAUUUUUUUCGUUUUUUUUUUUUAUUUAAAUAUAUAUCAAGAUAACAAUAAUAAUUGGAAAUUCGAUUUUCAUUACAUUUUUGUUCACAAUUAUUAUCAAACUAAUUUUCAUAAGUUAAAACUGUUAAUCCAUACAAAAAUAAUACUACCCUAUGAUCAAUAAAUUAAAAUUAUCAAUAACUUAAUAUUCUAUACCUUACUGGGUACCUAGGGGUUAUUUUUUUUUUAUCAACGAACACAGACAAAACUAUUGUGUAUUUUUCUUCAUAUCAUAUUUUACAUAAAACAAUCCAAAGGCCCCCGGACAAAACAAUUUCACAAUUAACUAUAGUAGCAUUAAGUAUUGGAAUAUUACAAAUUUAAAUACAGGUAUAGAAAUGACACUUUUGGGCCGUUGUUAUUUUUGUUAUCGUUAUUUAUUAUUUUCGAACAUCUGCAUUCUACCCUCCGAACAAUAUCUACACUAAUACAUUAAACUCUUGGGCGAUAUAAUCACCGAAUAAUCUAUUUGUUUUAUAAUUGCACGUUUUAAAUUCGGUAACGAAUAGUUAUCAUUUGUUUUAUAAUUACCUACGUGUUUUAGAUUCGGUAAUGAAUAGCUAUUGUUUGUUACGACUGGUAUGUUUUUUUUUUUUCUGUUAACACUUUUUAGGGUAGUAAACGUGCUUCACACAGAGAUACGUGCAGCAAUUUAUAAACAGAUAAUUGAACACGUACAAGGUAUAUCUAUUUUAAAAUAAAACAUUUUUCAAUUUGCCCAGCGUGUUGUGCCCUAGCUAUAACAUAAAUAACGACAGAAAAAAAAAAAAUAAUAAUAAUAAAAAAAAUUAACAUUUUAAUUCUAAACUCCUAUUGAAAUCGAAUCAAUACCCGAUAGUUUUAUGACCAAUAGGUUUUUUGGCAGUGUUUUUCAUCCAUUUUACUGUCACGACCACCUAAAUGAAUAUUAAACCUAAUAUUUUCUAUUUUUGGUAACCCUCAAUAAUUAGUGAAUGACCUCCAGGUAAAAAAACAAUGAUAAUAUUAUCUGGCGUAAUAUCUAAAAUAAAAUGCUUUGAAAAUGAAUAAUUUCAGUUUAUAACAAAAAUAUGUUUAUUUUUUGGUAAUUUCGUUGGUUUCUCUAAAAAAAAAAAAAAAAAAAUAAGGUAAACAAUUUGUUUCUAGUUUACUGAUUAUUAUUUUAUGAGUUUUUUUUUAUUAUUUGCAUAUUUUCUACAUAUUGCAUACAAAAACCUAUAGUUAGACAACCUGCUUCUGAUGUUUCCACUAAUAUACAUCAUGAACGUUGAAAUAUUUUAUACUAAGUACAACAGAAAUUUGAAAAAAUGUUAUAAUUAUUAUUACAUUUGUCUCUGCACUAAAAAAUAUAUUUCAUUAAUCAAAUCUCUUAGUACCUAUAUUACCGACCAUUUGUUAUUUAUAUUUUUAUUAAGUCUGUUCAUUUAAAAUUCUUCGUUAUUUUGUUUACACGACAUUUAAAACGGGGUAAGUUAAAAGAGAUUUUUAAUGAUAUCGUUUUAAACUUUUCAACAACGUCUGCACAUUUUAUAGGUAGGUAAAUAUAUUAAUGUAAUAGUUUAUACAGGAUUUAAUUUUAUUAAUUAAACAGGUACCGAGUUUAAAAAUUAAAUUAUCAAUUAUCAAAAUAUAUACGGUAGGGAAUUUGUUCACGUAUUUAAAUUCAUUAGGUAAACGCCAAUCAAAUUGCACAAGUUAAAUAAAAACUGAAUUUUAAAAGCGAUAAAAACAAUCCUUAGAAAACCGCGUUUUAAUCUGCGCAGCCGUGAAUCGUUUUAUAUGCGGUAAAAUAAUAGGAAUUUCCGCGGUUAUCUCGACCUCGUGGGAUAAAGAUCUCUCAAUAUAGUAAGUAUAUAUAGUUGGAAAUAUACCUACGUGGCCCGUUAUAUAUCUUUUUUGGACCGGUAUUCCUUCUCUGCGGUGGCAAUACACCGAGAUAAGGUAUAUAAACUUGGCACCUACUUCGCACUGACCCGCCUAUUGUGUCGGAGAAUCGCCUCCGCCGUCGUCGUAUACGCGUUCUAAAACUAUAAAAUAUGCCCGCUAAACAAAAAUACAUCGUUGCAAAUCAAUUAAGUUGACCGCAGUAUACGUACUUAUAUAAUAUUACUAUCUAUCCGGGGGUUUUUUUUUUUUUUUUUUUUUUUUUUUUUAGAAGUGGGAAGGCGUUAAGAAAAUUACGUGUUUUGUAAAUAAUUCAUAUAUAAUAUUAUUUUAUUAAAAAACAAAUUUUGCGUUUUCAGUGGAGGAUUUAGGGUUUUUUUUUCGUAGAAGAAAAGUGCAACCACCCCUCCAAUAAUCUCCCGCGGAGUUUUAAAAUAAUAACCUAUACGAUGAGUUUUGCCGAAAUAUCAUCAAAUGAAACACAAUCUAACUACAGGACUUGUUAACAAAUAGGCAACUUAUUCAAUUUCUUUCGAUUAUCAAUCGUUUCAACAAAAAAAAAAAAAUAAAAUAAAUACUUUAUUUAAUAAAUGAGUUUUUUUCCGUCCAAAAUGUCUAACCCAGGAGUAUACGGAGAACCUGACUUAGAUAAUUAUAAAUUUAAUAUGUUUGACGGCGUAAAAAACAAUUAUUAUUUCGUCGAUUUGUAUAUAAACGGACACGAUAUUCAACAAAACAAUAAAAGAGAUGAUACUGUGAAUGGACGUGCCUUUGUCGUAGAUGGAAAGUUAGGAAAGUAGGACAUAUAACUUUAUUUAAUUUAUAUCUGUAAACAACGAAAACUCAUUGAUAAAAAAAAAAUACGAUGAUUCUCAGCGUAGUCCAGUUAAAUACGUUUUGAACCGUGAUUUUCCUCGAAAUUUGAGCUUAAAAAACAACUACAUUAAGCCAAACUCUUCUUUACUUUUUAUAUUAUUUUAUAAUGAACGUAAAAAUGUCACGCAUUUCUGCACAGCCAAAUAAUUGUAUCCACAUAGUUAUAAAUCCAAAUAAAAACUAAAAAAAACUCGACAAUGUCAAAUGCUUUUAAAUAGCUCAAAAAUCCCGAGAAUGUUUGAAAACUUUAAUAAAAGACUAAAUGUUAAUUAUACUUUGAAUAUUUUAGGUCUUUACGAAUAAUAAUUUAAAUUAUUAAACUCGAAAAUAAUAAAAUAGCCGUAAUAAUAGUGCAGUGAAAUGUCCGGUUUUUCUACGUUUCUUUCCUAAUAGAAAAUUAAAUUGAUUAACAAAUUUUAACUAUAAUUAAGAAUUAUAAAAAAAAAAUUGUAUAGCUAUUAAAUUUGGGCUUUACACCGUCGUCAGAUUACUGAUUUAACAUUGCAGAAUGGUUUACAUAUUAAAUUUACACAUAGUAAAUUUGAAAAAAAACAAGAUAAAAUAAUAUAUAAAUAUUAACAAAUUACUACAUUUAAAUGGCAUUAAAGUGGGGAAAAUAGCAUUUUUUUCUAAUUAUUAAUAAAAUAAUAAAACUAUACGGAAAACCAAAAAACGACUCUCUUACGCGCAAAUUUCUUAGACAAAAUUUUCAUCGAAGAUAGAAAAAUAACGAAAUCUUUAUAGCUUUGAUUUUUCCAUUUUUCCUUUACGUUAUUCCAGGUUUUCCCAAUAAUUAUAAUUUUUUGAUUUUCUAAAUCAAAAAAUGACAUCCUCAGUGCACCAAUUAAAUUUAAAAUCCUACAAAAUAGCUCUCUAGACAUUUUUUGACCAGAGCAAGAUUUCUGAUAAUAAUAUUGUUUAAAGACAGAAAAAAAGGCACACAUUGUAGUAAAACCAAUACAUUCCUCACUGGAUUCUUCACAGUCUACAAUUAUUAUGUUGCUGCCAUUAGCUGUGAACGAUCUAAAGAUUCUCGUUAAAACAUUGUUACUUCGGUUAUUUAAAAUUUAUAUUUAAUAAUAUUCGCAAAAAUCGCUAUAGUAGAAAGAACAAUCGUAUUUAGGCAUAUUAGAAAAAUGUCAAAAAAUCACAAAGAGUGUGAUCGCAUAACCUUACUGGUCAGUCCACGUUCCCCCGAAACGCAAUGGGGCGAUUCAGGAACUUCUCACGCAGCAGUGCAAUGGUUUAUGUUGCGAUAGGCUAGAGGGCAUCAUCCUGCUGAAACCACAGCUCUGUAAGGUCCACAUUGUCAAGAUGACAGCCACAUGAAAUCGGAUCGUGUUGUGUCACCAUUUACCAUUAACUAUGACAGUUUAUCCUCUCUCGUCCUCAAUGAAAAAGGCACCGGUCACGCCCCCUGCCCAAAAUGUAUACUACACAGUAACCCGUUCGAGGGUACAUUUUCCUUCCUGAAACUGAAGAGUAUUUUCCAAGCCCCAAAUGCGGCAGUUUUUUCUGUUGACAAAAUCAGACAAAUGAAAAUAUACCGCGUCCGGAAAUAUAAUUUUCAUUAUGAAUCCACCACCCUCGAGUUGCUUGUCCAAGAUCCAUCGAGAGAAAAUUUUCCUUUUUCAAAGGUCAGCUGGUUUCAAUUCCUGUAUGCGCUGAACUUUGUAAGCAUGAAAUUUGAAAUCUUUCACAAAGAUUCACUGAACUGAUGACUUUGGACGAACUGAUUUCAACGGGCUGGCGUUUCCGUUAUCUUGCAUAGGGUACAGCCAAAAUGUUCUGAAAAGAAUGUCGUUCACAAGAUCUUCCAGAGCUUUUGAGAUCAACAGUCGAACCAGUUUCGGUGAAUUGUUUCAUAAGCCGACGGACUGUCGACAAAUUUGUAGUAGCGUCCUGUCCGAGUAAGGAUCAUGCAUUACUACUUCGUGCAGUCGUCGCGCUAUCUCCGCACCGCUUUCGUUACAAGGUCUUGACAAACAACACACACGUAUCAAUUAACAUUCGGUCAACGGUGAUCAGUAACCUGAUUAAAUAAAAACUAAUUGCACAACAACAAACCGGAAUCACAGUCGAUUACAAAAAUAAUAUGGACAACGUCACCAACGCAAAAAUCAAAAAAAAAUUACGACGAUAAAUUGUUUAAAAAAAAAAAAAAACAAACUAUUUUUGGAUCGCCGUGUAUCGGUUAUACCUACGGACAAUCAUGAAUGAAUAAUCAGAUAUGUAAACGGAAAUUGUCUGCACGUUCCGAAAUUAUUGGCACAAACGAUAAAACCACGAUGGGAAAAAGGAACUGAUUGAAGUAUAAUGUAACCAUGCGUUUGUUUUCGAUCACAGUUAUUGUUGUAGCGUUUCUCCCGAGUCCCGGGUGCGCGCGCAGUGGUACAUGAAAAACGCUCGUAAUUUUUCCGACGUGCCCGUUGUUUAUUCAGUCAUGUGCGGACAUUAUUAUUAUUAUUACUAUUAUUAUUUUUACUAUCAUCUAAUACGUCCCGAGCGCGCCACUAAAUCGGCUAUGAAUACUGCGGGAAAUAAACGCGCGUUAUUAUUAUUGCGUACUGUCUAAGCGUAACGUCCGAAUAAUGGUCGUAAAAUGUCUUCAGCGUUUUCGCCGCAAAAUAGCCCGCCGUUGUCGUCCGCGCGCGUAUACCCGCGGAGUACGCGGAGUUUGUAUGUACACACAGUGCAGAGACGAGCGAAUUCUGCUCGCUAAACUAUGUAAAUAAGUUAUUGGCGGGUAAAAAGGAUACCCGACAAUAUCGUUUUAAACCAAUAAACCCGAACGGAUCGUAAACAUCUCUCAUACUCUCCGAAGUAUUUUCGUUGUGUAUAGUGCCUACCUACAACUUGCUGCAUCUAUACUGCGGUAUAAUAUUAGUUAUAUAUUUAAGUGUUCGGUCCUGAAAAGUACAUCAACAAAAUGGAUUUUACUUGCUUACGUAUUAUACAGAAAGGUUUGUCGUAAAUUCAUUUUUUUUUUUAAAAAAAAAAAAACUACACUAUUUUUUCCCCUUCGACUUGCGAUCCGCUUUGAUGACGGCAUUACCUAUUAUUAUAGGUACCUACCGCAUCUACCGAGUUGUUGGACAAUAUUAUUAAUACGGACGGGUUUUUUUUAUUAUUACUAUUAUUAUUAUUAUUGGUUUCGAAAAUUAUCCUAAUGCACUUUAGCAACUAUAUAUUUUUUAUCUCUACCGCAAAGCGACGUAAAUUAUUUUAACGCUGUUAUAUUGUACGAUAGCCCAUCCCCACCCCCCGGCGAAAUUCGUUCAACCGAAAAAGUUUAUACGAGUGGUUGUUUUUUUUUUUUCAUUUUUAUUUUUAUUACAGGUUUUUUUUACGCGGACGCCGCGUUAUCUUCUUGGCCUCUACGUAUAAACUGUAUAAUACCUAUACCGGACGAGUCGUAAAACGAUGACGGUCGACGAGCUUAAUAAAAACUCCGGUUGCUUUUCCGGGGAUGAGAAACGUUUUGCGCUUACUUAUUAUUUAUACAGUGCAGUGGUAGCUAUAUAAUACCGACACGACGAAACGUUUCGAAAAUCGUAUUCGCAUCACGAAUUUUGCUAUACGAAAUAACACCCAUGUGCUAUAUAGACGAGGAUUGAAAUUCGCCAAAAAUAAUAUCUCGAAUAUAUCUUUGGUGCCGGAAAAGAAGGGCUCAUUUCGAAUUUUUAUAGUUUUCAACACAAAUAAAUUAAAUAUUGAAAACCGUUAAGCGAAAUAACGCAAAAUAUUGCUAAACGGCUGAAUUAUCAAACGGUCAUAUACCUAAAUGCAGACGUUCUUUGCCAAACAAAUGUGUAUUAAGAUAUUUCAAUUUUUAGUGUAACAUGUGUUAGAAUAUCCAUACGUUUUUACGAUUUUUAUCGAGAAAUAGAAAUAAAAAAGGACGGUCAUACUUCGCGCAUAGGUUCAGCCACUGUUGUAGGUGAGAAAUUGGGAAGUUAGGAUACGGACGGAAAUUUAAUGUAUAUCUAUGUAAGAAACGAAAAACCAUUGCUAACGAAAAAACGAUUCUGAUCGGAGUUCAGUUGAUAGCGUUGCUUUGUCAACAAUAUAUAUCAUAUUAUGGUAAAAUGAUUAAAACCAAUGUGUGUUUCCGCGACUACAAUUAUUGUUUAAAAAGAGAUUAAAAUAAUAAAAACUUAAUAAUAACAAAAAAUAACAGUUGCCAAUGACAAUCCUAUUUUAAUCAUUUUUAAACCUAAAAAACCGGGUUUUCCUCAUUAUCUUGAAUAUCAAUGAUAGUUCUAAAAAUGACCACUCUAAAAUACCACCCAGAGAACAUUUCCUUUCAGAAAAGGUGCUAUACUUGAUAAUAUAAUCGGAGUAAGCUUUUUGUGAGAAAAAGUGUUCAAAUAAAAAAAAAAAAUAAUAAACAUUACUGUAAAAUCAAUACAUUCCUCUCUCUGCUCAGAAUUUAAAGUUAUGUGAUGCAAUUAUUAGAAAAAAAAUUUAAAAAAAUUAAAAAGUUGGUUCUUUCCCCGAAGAUACACAUAAAUAAAAUAAAAUAUUUGAUACAUAUUAAAACAAGUAAAAACACUCCAAAUAUAAUAUUAUAUUACAUUAGGUAUAACGGAAUAGAAAUUAUUAUGACCGUUAGCUGAAUUAAAAACGUUGACCGAAAAUACCACAGCGUAUAGUUGAUAUCAUAAUAUUAUAUUACAUUCAACAGUAGAAUUGUAAUGUAUUUGUGAUGAAAGUAUCGUAAUAAAUGUUUCGAAUAGCUAUUUUAAAAUCACUUGAUAUUUAAUAUUAAAUUGUUUUCCAAAGAAUUUUCCAUUUGUAAUCAAAUAUCUGUUUCAAAUACUUUUAUCGCUUAAGAUUCUGAGAUAUCUGUUUGUUUUACAAUGACACAUGGGAUUAUUUAAUUGUUGGGCCAGUAAUUGAAUUUCCUUUCAGUAGUCUUGUUCUGAUUAAAAAAUGACAAAAAAAACUUUUUAUUUUUGAAUUUUAGAUUUCAGUAAAAUAAUUGUUUUUUUUUCCCCCCCAAACACUCGGGUAGGUUUUAUUUUAAAAUGUAAUUUAAUGCUAAUAAGUAAACAAAAAUGUAUAGUGUAAUGCAGUAGGUUUUUUCAUAAGGAGUUUCGAGCUCGACUUUUAACGAAAACCGAAAAAAAAUUACAACACUUUAAAACAUGUAUGACCGAAUUUCGAUUAGAAUCGUUUUUCGUUAACGUUGCCUACACAUAAAAAUUAAAUAAUUUUAAUGUAUCCUACUUUCCCAAUUUCUCACCCACAACAGUGGCUCACCCGUGAGCAGUAUCAGCUUUAUUUUUGAAUAAUGUUUUUUUUUUUUUCAUUUUAGUUUAAUUGAAAGAUAUUUUACAUCGCGUUAGGAGUUAAAUGAAUUCAAAAUUUUAAAUUAUAAUAGUGUACGCUAAACCAGUAUUACAGUGAACAAAAAAAAUAAAAUAUUAACAACACUAUUGCUAUAUCAAUUUUGAUUUUGAAAUUUACGAUUUCCGUCAACUCGUAAACGAGAUAUUUCAUUUUUAUUUUUUAGGCAGGAGGAGAUACAUAGACCGAAAUUUGAGAAUUUUUAAUAUUUAAUAGGUUCUUUUAUUUGAAAAACCAACGUUGGUAUCGCCGCAUGAUACUCCUUGAACGUUGUGAAAAAUUUAAAUACACGAAAAUAGAUAUCGCCUUUAAAUAUCCUUAAAAAUUCCUACAAAAACAUAAUUUCAUAAUUUAUCGUUCGCAGAGCGGUGUGCGUGCUUGAUGAACCACGCUUUUUAGUGCGGAGUUAUAUAUAAAUAUAACUCCGCACUAUAUAUGCCGCUCGUACGGUUUCGCUGUAUUCCAUUUUUAUACUCAACCGAAAUCGUAUUAUUAUUUCCAUCUUACGGAAAAUGAAAAGAUCCGGUAUAUUUCGGCGGGUAAACGAAUAAAACGUCCGUGCACAUUUCUUUAUUAUUCGCGUCGCCGAUUUUAUGCACGGAGUGUAGAACCGUUGUGUCGUCUUCACAACACAACAGUUACGAUUGAAUUAUAUUGCAGCGAGGCACUCGUCUCCCGUAAACGAGACGAACUGUUACGAGUUGUGGAACGAAAUCCGCUAAUUUCCCGUGCACGGUAAAUAAUACGAUCGCGGUUGAGAAAAACGUGUAGUGUCCCGGGAAAAAAAAAAAAAAUUCGAUACGCGCAAACGCACAAUACGUAAUACGUAUACGUACGGCAUACUCACGCAUUGUGUGCAAAUUAUCGGAAUGUUCAAAACGUUCGGGUAUUUACGAGUAGGCGGUGGGUACGCGUCGUUCCGUUUCUUAUCCGUCUCGAGAAUUUUAUUUCGUUUAACGGAAAACGUUUUCGGGUAGGCAUGUACGGCGUGCUGCGGUGGCGGAUGAACGUAAUAUUUCGGCGGCGGUGCCGUGUGCGGUCCUGGUCCGGAGCAGGCCCGUGGCCACGGGUGGGGGGGCGGGCGAGGGAUACGUUGCCCGUCCGGACCUGAUCAUUACUCCCCCCCCCCUCCCAAACAAGUAUUAAACGUGUGUAUGUAGUGGUGUUUUUUUUUUUUUUCCAAAGCCCCCCCCCUAAAAUUCGAAUUGCCCUACCUGACGAUCUGGUCUAGCUGCGGGCCUGGUCUCCGGUCCGCCAUAAACCGUCUCGGCCCCCGGACAACGGUCGGCCCGUCCUACAGGACGAGUAUUACUUAUUCAGAAUGUGAAUAUGAAAUAGCUCGUACGCGUAAGCGCCCCGCAGUUUUUAUAUUCCCGUCCGAUAUAAAUAUAUAAAAAAUGUUUAUGAUUUUGUCGUGUUAAUAAAUUCCGUAAUGUUUCAGUGACUUCGGAAACGCAAGCAACAUUGCGAUUCUUUAGGGGAUUCCAAAUGCACGAUUGGUAAAAUCCUCUUCAUUUUCGAACGCAUGAUUUGUUUAUUAGUGCCUAGCUAGGCCAUCGUUGUAUCAUGCAAUAUGCACGAUGCGUACGAUCAUUUUCACAAUUCAAUGCCAAUAUGUUUAACUUUAUAGGUUUUUAAUGCGGACGGCUUUGAUUCGUCCGUUGCUAAUUUUAAAUCGAGAUAUUUCUCUAGCUACGGCUAUGAUAAUACAGCCACCGUCAGUAAACGCAAACGGACAAUGGGUGAGCCGCUGUGGUCGGUGAGAAGCUGGGAAUGCACAGGAGAAAUUUAAUGUAUAUCUGUACACGAAGAUAAAUCAUUGCCGACGAAAAGCGAUUCUAAGCGAAAUUCGAUUGCAUACGUUUUGAAAGGCCAUAAUAUUUAUAAUUUGAAAAUAAUACGUUUCGUUGAUUUUCCCAUGUCUUUCCCCAUUUAUUAGGAAAACCCCUGGGAAAAUCAAAAGAUGACCUUCCUUAAAGUACCAUAAUAUCAGUUGGAGUUCCUUUCAGAAAAAGUGCCACGCUUGAAAAUCGCAGUAAACUUUCUGAUAGAAAAGUUGUUCACGGGAAAAAAAACCAUCAUUGUAAAACCAAUAUAUUCCUCGCUCCAUUCAGAAUCUAAAAAUAACAAUUUCAAUAGUCUCUCAUUGUUAUUGUCUCAUGAAAAAUUUGAUGUUUCGCACAAUAUGAAUACUGAGUAGACUCUUAUCGAUAUUUUUGUUUUUUUUUUUUUUUAUUUUGGUUAAAGUUUGGCACUGGAUUUUCGGCUCUGGGAUGUGCACAGAAACAUGCGCGUUUUGAUACUAGUUGAAAAAAAAGGACCGUGCGAGUUUUCGUACUGUGGACCGUGCGAUUUUCGACACGGGUUAAACCGGGUCCAGUGUCGAAACCCGCACGAACAAACGGGACUUUUUUUCUUCGGUAUAACGACACGAAUACCGUUAUCCGUGUAGGCCUGUUCGCGCCGUCCGCUUUGAAACGGACCGAGUCCCUCGGAAAACCCCUCGGUUUUAUCACUGCGGAAAGCGAUUGCCGCGUUCCGCCGCCGUUUUCCCGAGCGCUCUGUAUACGACAAUAUCACGAAAUAUCGACCCGCCGCCGGUCCGUUGGCCAGCUCGCUGUAGAUAGGUGUGUUGCGUACGCGGCGUAUAUUAUUCGAGGCUAAUGGCCGCUGUAUACAAUACACCUAUAAGACCCACCCGCGUCCCUAUCAAAAUAAUAUACGGGGAGAAAUUUUUAGGGGGGAAAUAAGGAAAAAUAAUGAAAACCCGUUCGGCGGUUUUCGUACCAAUAUAAACGUGCAUACGCAAUUGAUCGAAACCGUGCCGGCCUUCUGCCGCCGUCUCGCGCCCCGAAACGUGCGGCCGUCGCGUUCCCGCCGCGUCGCACGAUAAUCCGCCGAUGCUCACGUCCGUCGACCGACCGGGUCUACGGCGCGCGCGGUCCUUUUACGUCGAAAAAUACGCAGUCGUUUUUUUCUCGACGGUCGCCGUCAGAAACGAACCUCGCGCGCCGAUUACGACGGACGGACUGCCGCGACACGCAUUACCGUCACGGCGGUCCGUCGUCAUGGUCCGGUCGCUCGUACCGGUGUUUUAUUUUUAUUUUUUUUUUUUUUUUUUUCCGAAUUCGAGCGCCGCGAUAUUUUUCGCAUCGUUGUUCCGUUUAUCGAAACAACGGCUGGGAUGCCGGGACGCUAAGUUAGUGUUCAGACGAUGUCCUCGAUAGGAACGGAUUUUCCGACGAAAAUAAAAAAAAAUUCGAUACAAUCGACGGGAUUAUUAUUAUAACAUUGUAAACUGUUCAACGUUUGUUUUAUCGAUUUCACUGUAGGCGGGCACCGUAAUAACUUCGAAGCGGUUCUGCGGCUUCUUCGGGUUACCGGUGACGUCGGGCAACACAACGUAUACCGUAGUCGUAUAGAUCGAACCAUAAUACCUUUGUAAUUUACUGUCUAUAUAAAUAAUUUUUUUUUUUAAGUAUAUAAUAUACCGUAUAGGUAGUAUAUUUUGUUCGAUAAAACGUAUUUUAUUGAAGUUUUCGUAUUAUUAUUGCAGUUAAGUAUAUUAUUAACCAUAAAUCUACAGCAGAAAAUAACGUCGUCGUAAUAUUUUCAUUUCGUGUACAUUAUUUAUUCGGUAAUUGGUGUACGACAGGAAUUUAUAUGCGUCGGCAUAUUUUUAUUGGUUGAUCGAAAACUAACCGAAAUGCGUUUUGAUUACUCAAUACGAUUCUGUACACGCAAUUUUAUUUCGUGUAUAUUUUUGGCGUUCCUCGGAAUCGUAGGGCGUAUUUCGGGAUUUUGUACAUUUUCAGGGCAUAUGUUAAGGAUUCCGUUCAUUUUCAGAGCAUAUUGAAGACAUUUGUACGUUUUGAAAAUCAAGACAAAUCUUGAAUCGCAAAACAAUUGUUCGAGGUUCAUUGAUACCGGCAAGUGUGCUGGUGUUUUAGAUGAUAUAUUAUUGUUUAUCAUCGGUUCAAUCAAAUAGGACGUUACGGGUUUUCCAACACUAUGACGAUAACGGUACAUCAAUUAUCAUCACCGGUGUUUUCUAUAACAAUAUGACAUGUAUAAUGUAUGGAAUUUUUUUUUUUUUUGAAUUUUUCUUUUAGAGCCCGAUUUGGUAAUUUUGAAAAACUAUCCGCAUGUAUAAUCAAAAAUUUCAGGGCGCGGAAAUAACUGCCUUAGUGAUUGAUUAUUAUCGAGUUCUCGGCUGUAAACGUUUUGAAAUUUAGUCCCGAGUAUAUUAGAUUAGUAGAAUUAAAACCCAACAUGAUAAAAUAUUAAUUUCGAGUAUAGGUAUACUCUUACUGGCCUGUAUAAUUGAAUGAGAAUUAAUUAUUCAACCUAACCUUACCUAACUCGAAGUAUAAUAUUAAACACCUAUUAUCGCGUCGUGUUCGAAUUUUCACAAAAUGAAUCCGGAAGUAAUUCGCACUAUGGGUAGGCCGCUGUAAUAAGCGGAAAUUCUCAAAGGGUAAUUUAAUUUAUUUGCUGGAAACAACGAUAAAUCAUUGCGAUAGAAAAAACGAUUCUGAACGGAAUAUUAUUGGUAUAGUGUUAGUCUUAUUUUUUCUCCUUGUACAUGGCCAAGGUUAUUCGAAAAUCAACAAAAUUAUAACCGACUUAUCGAUAUUUGUUAACGUUUAUUUUUUUUUUUAAAUUCUAUGGAAAAACUGUUGGAAAUUGAGAAUUUUUUUUCAUUUGGCAAUAAAUACGCAUAUUUUAAGACGUGCGAAAAUCCGGAACGUUUCGAAUAACCCGACAAACAAUUUCCGAGACAGGGGGAAUACAUCUUAGUAAAACUAAAUAAAUUCUUUUCGUUACACUUCGAAUCUGCAAUAAAAUGUUUAUGUUGUAUAUAUUUCAUUAAGUUUCUUUUAAGUAAAACGACUUUGUCGAUACGAUUAAAAAAUAAUUGCACAUCAAUAAGGAGUUGAAAAAUCUAAAAUUUGUUUUAACGAACACCCAAACGAACUCCCGGAUAUCGCAUAAAUAAACGUGUCUAACAAACAGUAUAUUGGAUAUUACAUUUUUUAGACACGUGCUACAAUUUAUAUAUUAUUUAUGUAUCGUAUAUUUUAAAUAAACGUACGUUAAGACCGUUGCGACGGCCGCGGUGAACGUAAAUUAUUAUUCUCGAAAAGCGCAUGAUUUUCGAACCGUACACAAAUUGUCCUAAGCACGAUUAAUCUAAACCCGGAUCAGAAUCGUUUUUUCGAGUACAAUGAUUUGUCGUUGCUCUCGCGAUAUUAUAUAGGAGGCGGGGGGCGGAAACAGCACGGCAUCAACAUCCGUAAUCUUUAUUCCGUCCGUUUUAUAGCGAAUAGCUUUUUCUUUUCUAAUAUUAAUUUUUUCGUUUUAUUUCAAAUCAUAAUUAAUAUUUUUCGUCGAGAUGAAUUUAAAUAUUAUUAAAACUUAUUAUAAAACACCGUAUUUGACUGUUUCAUACGGAACUUGUCGAUACUCGUUAAUUAAUACCGAAUGUUUUGACACUAAUUCGGAAUUUCAAGUAACAUUCGUGUAAAAGCUACGUGACAUUUUUAUUUCUUUUGUACUUUUGUUUUUUUACUUGAGAAUUCAUUAUGUUAAUAAUUACUCGUGAACCACUGGCUUGUUUUUGGUAAAGUGUAACGGCCGACUUUUUAAGCGCAAAAAUGCAUUAGCAUAAUGAUAUUUGUUUUAGACGCCGUCUUUGUCGCCGACGCGACCUUUUUUCGCGGCCGCGCGGCCGAUCAGGUUCAAUGAAUAUGUUAUUCGGUUCGACAAUCAGGAUAAAUUAAUCAGCAGCGUUUAUCGUUGUGUCUUUUUAAAAACGCGGAGGGAAAUUCGUUUCGAAAAAACCACAAAACGAUAUAACAUGUGUGUUACGUGUCUAUGCGGGACACGUCCCCGGAACGGGACCUUAACGGCCGCAGAAAAGCGGUUCCCUCGGUAUAAUAAUAAUAAUUAUACUUGUAGGGUAUUAUACUCGCGUAACCGCGACGACCAACCGCGGUCGUCGUUGCGGUGUUUACGUCGUAACGACCGCGGUUUCCCGUCAGCCCGAGAGAGGUCGGUAAUAGCCGAUGCGGUACACACAAGCCGGAAACCUCUUGUCCCUGUAUUAUACUAAUAAUACCGAUGUCGAAUAUUAUUUUUGACGAAUGUCAUUUACAUUAAUAUUAGGCGACAAAUUCCGAGGAAAAGAUCCCGAGAGAAAAAAACGAUUCCGGUAAAAAAACGUGUUUUAUAUGAUAUUUAGCUGAAGCAUUUAACGCCUGUUACACAUUUUUUAACCGAUUGCCUUUUACUCCCCGAUCGGGAACGUAACGAUAAUAAAAUUUAAAAAAAAACGCCACGAAUCUCCGCGUUGCUCAACCAAUAGAUAUUUGCGUAUCACAUAACACGCCGGUUAUACUUACCGCCAGUGGUCAUGCUGGGUUAUAUUUUUCUAACUCACUCUCAAUGCACUUCAUCUUCUCGUUCGCUUGAUGUGUACCACGCAGUCAAUUUUGUUCUCGUAUUCCACAACGCCGCUUCUUAAUCUACUCCACGUGCCCACACAUACCUCCUGCGCGAAAACCUCCAGUCCACCCGUCCCGCGUCAACGCUCAUAUCGCCUGUCUCCUUGACUAUUGUCGCAUUCUAUACUACAAGUCCAGGACUGUGAAUUUAAUGCACCGCUAUGGAUUUGAAUUACCACCCCUUGCCCUAUCUAUAUUGCAUACACAUAUGUAUUAAAGAAAUAUUUUUCAUUGACCGAUAAAUAACCGAAUGCAAUAUUACAAUUACCACAAUUUACCGUGCAACUUUAUAUGUAUAAAUUAUUUCAAACGAACGGUGAAUUAAAACGGUAACGGUGGAGGUUGAUAUUUGAAACGCCCGAAACAGGCGUGCGCCCUUGUCACUAAUUCCGCUAUAACGCGCUGCUCGAGGUUCGAUUCAAGCGGCGACCGCUUAUUUUCCGGAAAAUAAACGCUUUUCUUGGGGGUUUUUAGCGGCGUUGAACUCACAGUCUAUAGCGCAUGUUGUAGCCUACGCGCGCGAAUGUGUAUGCGAUCCACAUUUUGCUCAUUCCGUCGUGUAUUGUGUCGGUUUCGCAGAGAUGAGAGCCAGGGUUUGCGGGCCUCAAGAGCUGUACGUCAAGGAGGACAGCGCGGUGAGCAUGCGGUGCGAGCUGAGCCAGGGCCCCCACGACCUGGGCACCAUAUUCUGGUACCUGGGCAACGUGCCCGUGUUCACGGACCAGACGAGCCUGCAAUCGGUCAGGCAGCCCCGGGUCAGCGUUCACACCGAAUGGGCGGACGGGCUCAAGAGCACGCUGCACAUAUCCCGGGCCAAGCUCACCGACUCCGGCAACUACACGUGCAGGCCCACGUUCGGACAAUCAGCCACCAUCAACGUGCACGUGGUCAACGGUAACGCCAUCUAUUAUAUAACUAAAUAACUUACUGUUAUAUUCUUACCUAUUGCAGACACCGUGACCGGGUCACCGAAAAAAUCCCCCUUUUUGAUUUUAAAACUGAUAUUCCUACAGCAUGGUAAACGGUUUAAAAUCGUCCAGCGUUAAACAGGGUGGUAAACAUAACGUGAAAGUGCAAUCGGAAAGUAUUGACUUUUUUUGGAACUUGUUUUGUUUUGUUUUUUUUUUUUUUGUCACCUUUAUUUUACGGGUCAAAACCAACUUUUAAUUAUCGAACGGCAACCUGUAUUGUAUUCCGUCAACUCGUCACGAGAUAUUCCACUUUUAUGUUUCGGUGGGUGAAAAGGGGAGUAGUGGUGCAUCAUUUGUGUGACGGCACGGCGCGCGACGUUUUAAUAGUGUCCCACCGCCCUAUCCCUGCCGAAACUUAAAAAUUGAAUACCUCGCAACAGGUUGACGAAAAACGGAAAUCAGAAAUUUAAAUACCGAAAUUUAUCUCAACUAAUAUCCCGUCCAUGUAUGGAGUUAUGGAUAACAUAUAAGUUGUCGUUUGAAAAUCAACAAUAACGAUGACGAAAAAUAACCGUUAUGUACCGUUCUAGAGCUGUUUAUUUCUUAAACGGUCCACGACUGGGAAUGGGUGGUACGUGUGUGAGUUGACUUUUGUCGGUGACCUGAGUGAAUUGAAUCAGUGUGACGGUUAGCUUCAGUGUUACCACUGGUUCAAUACAAUUCACCAAUUGCCUGUUAUGCAUUUAUCAGUUCUCGAAUUAUUAAUGAUUAACGGGUUUGGUUACAACUGACGAGUACCUAAGUUAUUCAAAAGUCUGGCGACUCGCGAACGCCUAGAUGUCAAUACUAAUAAUUAAAAUCUACAUAGUUAUUGAAUCGUCAUGAUGAUUCGUGAUGACGAGAAUUGUUUGUUUUAACGAACUGGGAACUCGGGAAUCGGCUCACUGAGUCGACUCGUUAGAGUGAACCGAGUCGAAAAUCCCAUCGCUAUGCACAACACGAAAUUUUAAAAAUAGUUAAUACCAUUCGAGAUAACGAGCGUUGCGUCGAUGCGUCGACGGUACUGUCACGCACUCCGGCGGUCUUUAAUAUUCCGUGUGUUUUAACGCAAAUUUAAUAUAAAUUAUUUAACCUUUCUUGAUGUCACAACUUUUACAACUUUUGUUUUUUUUUUUUUUUAGCGAAGUUUUUACACGUAUUCAACGGAGGGGUUUUGUUGAGAUUGAAAAAUUAUUGGUAAAAAAUAUCUUUGUUGUUUUAUGGAUUGAGUAAAUGAAUAUGCGAUUGUAGCUUGUGAAUGUUGCUGGAAAAUGAUACAAUAGUAAUACAGUGAUAAAAUAAAUAAACAAAAUUGUUUUUUAUUCAACGCAAACGGCGACCGUCAUAAACAGAUGCGUAACAAUGCGUAUAACAUACACAUUGUUGAAUUGCUGGAAGAAAAAAAUAGGCCACCCCCCCCGUAAUUUUAAGGAAAUCUCGAAAUUAUUUCCAUAGACUAUGAACUACACUGUAAUAGUCUUAAAUUACUUUUCAAUGAUUUCAAACCUAACCUUACAGACAUUUAGUAUCUCAUAUACAUUGUGAUAAAUGUUAUUUUAUGACGCAUUAAAUAUAAUUUUAGAUUCUAGAAAAGAUAUUUAUUUUUUUUCAGCGGACAACUUUUCUACUAGCAAUUUCGCUCUGAUUUACCAUGAUAGCACUUUUUCUGAAAGAAAAUCUGACUGAGGUGGUACUGUAAGAGGGUAGUUUUUCGAUUUCCCCAAUAAAUUAGUAAAACCCGGGGAAAAUGUAUGAAAAACAGAAAAAUAGGUAUAAUAUUAAAUUAUAUUACCUAUUAAAGAAAAUAAUAUACAGGCUGUCCCGCGAAGACAUACCUCUUGAAUAUUUCUGGAGAUAAUAAAAAUAAUCAAAUUAUGUUUGUUUUUUUUUCAUAAAAACAAAUAACUUUUUAUUGUAUUGUUUUGGAAAAAUUUUAAAACAGCCAGUCCGCGGUGUUUAUUUUUCUGGAAAUUUUAUGUGCGACGAAUACAGCCGUUUUAAAUUCCACUAAUCCGUACGGAAACCGAUGCUGUCGCGUAACGCGGUUAGGUCGUUCCCCGGAUCAAAAUCUAACGCAAACACAGUGUUGUUGAAUCGCCGGCCCGGUGCCUUUCCGCGGAAAUUGUCGAGGCCAACCGUGCCGACUCGCGACGUAAACGCGAGGCGCAGUUCGAGCCACGGCCGCGUACAUAAACGUCCGGCGCGUAAUUGUGCGGACGAUAAAAGAAUAUCCGUGUGCAUUUCGCUCGCGAACCAAAUCGCCGAACGAGUAGCGACCGCAAUAUAGAGGCGCGCCGCGACACGAGUAAGUGCGGACGUAAACAGAAAGACAUUGAAACCGCCGGUGUUUACGAAACAACGCGCGUGUCGUUAAACAGUUGAACCCGCAGCGACGGCGGCCGGGCACCGGUGGCCGCGGUCGGUUAAUCGCGCGCGGCCCUCGCGAUAACGGCGCGCGGCCCGCGCAACCGUACGCGGCGGGGCGGUGCGGGCGCGGAUUGCGUGGCGUUGAAAUAGCGGCCGGCGACGGACGGCGGGGGAACGACGAAUAGGUAACGCGGACGAUUUCGACUGGCCGCGCACGCGACGGCCGGCACAUGCGCCGCCCGGGACGUCGUAACGCGACAGCGCGAGGCGGACGAAAAACGGAUCGCGAAUGUAAAACGCGGGAAACGGUCGCUCGCACCGGUGAACGGCGGCGGUAAAGAAAAAGUGGCCGCGAACCCGGCGACGACGGUCCGUCCGCGGUGGGCGCGGUGAGCGAGACGACGCCCGCGCAGGGGUCGCGCGAUACCGCGGACCGGUUGCGGCGCUCGUCGGUGCCGAGCGACGCGGUACGAACAGCAGCGGCCGGGGUCCGCGAACGGGUGGGAAAAAAGUGGCCGCGAUUCGAUCGUCUUGGUCGUCUCCGGAGAUUUCGCUGGGGGUGAGGGGGGGUGGCCCGCGGUACGGGUACCGGUCGGUCGCCGCGCCGCCGUGUCGUUGUCACUAUUGCAAUGACGGAUUCGCCCGAAGUAACGAUGCGGUGACAAUAACGUAAUGACAACGUGUCGCCGUCCCGCGGCCGCUCGUUGGGGGGGGGGGGGGUUGGAGAAGUAGGGAUGGGGUAAACGUCAAUACCCGCUUAAUUGUCAUCGACCGUCGAUUUCGACGACGGCACGUCGGUUCCGAGCGGCGAACGCGAACGCGUCGAACGUGCGCGCGUACUCGUCGGCGAUCCGUUCGGCCGCGCGCCGGCGCCGUUAUCAGCCGCGCGGCAAUACGAAACGCGCGGCACCGUACACGCAUAAUUGUUUUGAACGCGGUCGGACGUACAACGGUACGCGCGGCGCCGCGGCGGUUGAUGACGGGCUAAACUACGCGGGAAAGUUAAUAACGCGGACGUCGGACGCCGCGCGCUGCAAUAACGGGCCGCCGUCGUUUAUUAAUACGCCGGUACGACGGCGGCGACCGGGACGCGCGAUAACGGAGUAAAAACCUAUUGAAUGUGAGGCGUAAAUGUCAUUUCGGGGGGCGGCGGAGACGGGCGAGGUGGUGGAAUCCGCCGCGCGCAGAGUGGGCCCGGCGAACGUUCACACUCGGCCCUUUCGCGCGCGCGCGCGCGUGUGUGUGUAUACACACGUACAUUACACACACACGCGCCCGACAACAUUAUUACGCGACGACGUUACGUUUUCGGUAAUACGCGGCACGCGGGCGUUACGCCCGUACAACAUUACCGUUCCACGUGAUUUACCGGCCACGAUAUUAAACCGUUACGUUGUCGUUGUACCGUUGAUACGCGAGCGUAAUUAUCGUACGAAACGAAAAAACAAAAAAAAACCCCCUCCGAAACGAUAAACAAAUAAAUUCCGGUCUUUAAAAACGUUCUGUCUCGGCGCCGGGUGAGGGGGGGGGGAACGACCGUGUUUGACGUUAAUUAUUGAAUUUCUCCCGUUCUCCGCACCGCCGUGUAAGGUAUUCCGUCCAGUCAUUUGCGCGUUACAACCAUAACACGUUCAACGCGAGAUUAUCCCGAUGCGAAACGGCAUUCGACUCUCGUUUUCAUUUUAGCCGAGAGGUUUUAAACCGCGUGCGUACAGGACGGCGGUCCAUUCAUCACGAUCCACCGGUUUUCCGGGGGUGUUACGAGCGAACUCGAUUCCCGUAUGUCUCGCCAAACUUUAUGGAAACGUUUGAGUUUUGUUUCAACGGUAUUUUCCGAUAAUAGUUCACGUUUACACGCCGUCGUGCCGCAAACGGGUGGUUUUUUUCGAUUUUCAAACAGGCACCUCCAACCACUCCCCUCCCCUACCCCCUCAUUAAACAUUGAUUCGAAUAGACAAUGUUUUUUACGCGAUUUUAUACGAUUUAUAAAAACGGUUGUGAAGUGUCUAUUCCUCCUCUACUUCUCUGGUCCACGUUUUAAACCGUUAACGACAUGGGCGUUACGCGUAUCGAAAUGUUUUUUAUAGAUAUUCUCUACUCGAAUCCGCGUUUAACACGGAGAGGGCAGGGAUUCCUAUUUGAAAAUCAAAAGUGUGCGCCCGUUUCAAGGUAUAAGAGAGAUAUGAUUGGGUAAAAAAAUUGUAAAAAUAUUGAAAUAAAGUUCAAACAAUUCCCGUACGUACUCGUAUAUUAUGAACGGUGGAACAAAACAAAAAAAAAAAAAGAAUAAAAAUGUCACUUAAAACCCUUAGCGAAAAAUCGUCGGUCCGUGAUAAACGAAUCAUCCUGCAUUAAAAACGGUCUGGCCGUUUUAUACCGUACAUCACCCGACUAUCCGAAAUACUCGCGGUUAUAUUGCGUGUAUACAUGACGAUUCGCUGAGCGAGGUCGCUCAGAUUUUUUUUUUUUUUCUUUUCGUUUGAAAUUCGCAUGUAAUAAUCGAACUCUGGUUUUCGGGAUUUUCGAACCGAUGUUUUCGAAUAUUUAGAUUUUUCGCAGCAUUCCGCGAUCAGAGGUCCGGCCGUGUUCUCGUCCGGUAAACCGAAACCGGUAUCCGCCCGCCGGACGCAUCUCGGACGCUGCGAACAAUCCCGAAGACCGAGGGCGUUUAACGGAGCGUCGCGCGAAAUCCGACCGGUGGGAGGGGGGAGGGGGGGAAAGGGAAAUCGCGACCGCCCGCAAAACGCGCGCGUGUCGUUCGGACCGAGGGCGCCGCACGCGCCCGCGGAUCGCCGUGCGUUUCAUUAUCGGCAAAACCGUUUACCGAAGCGCUGUCGUCGCGCGCGGAGAUCGAAACGUUAACACGCGUACGUUUGUAAUUGUCCCGCGAUCCGUUUUAACGCCGUGUCGCAAGAGCUCUGUGAAUCGCGCGCGCGCGGCCGUGAUGUAUUAUCGCAAUAACGCGCGCGCAUAAUCGCGGCGGCGGCGGCGGCGGCGGCGCACUCCGAGGUGUCCCGUAAUCCGAUUAUCACGCGGCGAGUGCUCCGCGGCCGUAAGACGACGCGACGGCGGGAAACAUAAGUAAAGCAAUAUUACCGUUACAAUUAUAUCGGAACUAUUCGACGGGGAGGGGAGGGGAAACCCGACGGAAAUAAUAACGUGACGAUAUAUUGAUGAUAUUGAUACAUGGAUAAAAUUAUCCAAAACGAACGAGGAAAAUGUACAACAAACUUUUUAGGGGAAAUUCAACAAAAAUAAUAUACUGAAACUACGCGUAUACUUUAAGUUAAGAUUAAAAAAAAAAAAAAAAAAAGAUUUCGUACAUUUUCCAUCGAAUUUUCUGUUCCCUAGUUUUAAAAUCGUUAAAAAUUAUAACAUAAUAUAUUAUAUUUUACCGGGAAAAUAUUGAAAACCGACUACAAAAAUCAAAACAAUUAGAUACGAUUCGCCUUAAACAUUUCCUCAUCUCUUCCCCCCACAAUCGAGUUAAUUAAAAAUCUCAAAUGAAUAUUCCACGGGGUAUUCAUAUUAUCUAUCAAAUAACGAAUAGCUAAUAUAAUUGUUUUACAUAUUUUUUUCCCCCGUUUCGUAUUUUAUUUUUAAUCUAAAAAUCAGCUCUCUGUAAAUAUUGCAACACGCUCUAAUUGUAUAUUAUAACUCGGAGACAUGGAGUAGUAUAUGCAAUUUUUUUUAAAUUAAUAUUAUACAUAUACUAAUGUAUAUUAUAAAGUGUAUAUUCGUUUAAUCUUUAAACGAAUAAAAUAUAUUGUAAACGCGAAUACAUGAACAAAAAAAUGUAUUAUAAUAAAGCCUAUUCGGAAAAAAAAUAAUAUUCUGCAUUUAUAUAUUAUAACACUGAUCAAAUAUUACACGCAAAAAGUACUGUACAAAGUGAUCCAAAAUUAAUGUUAUAGCCAUUUUAUCGAGUAAAUAUUCAAAAUAGAAAAAAAUGUAUAAUAGAAAAGUUUUUCGGCUUAUAAACAUUUAAAAUAAUUUGUAAUUUUUUUAUUUUGUUUUUUUUUUUGAAGAAGUUUUGUGGUCAAAUUUUGAAAUUCAUAUAUGAAAUAUACAUAAAAAAAUAUCUCAUACCUAAAUUAAAAUGUGUAAUGUCCUGUCAACAGGUUACGGAAAUCAAAAAUGGCAACAGUAAAAUGUAUUUAAACUAACGUUCCAUUUAUUCAUGGAAUUGAAAAUUUAGGUUCCCUGUUGAAUUUUAAAAAUUGAUCCCCAAAACUUCUCCUAAAAAAAAAAAACAAUAUAAAAUAUAAAUUAUUUUAGAUGUUUAUAAAUCAAAAAAACUUUCAAAGUAUAUAUUUGCUCUAUUUUGAAUAUUUACAUGAUAAAAUUGCUGUAACAUACAUUUUUAAUCACCCUGUAAAGUUUAAAAUAUUAUUGAAAAAAGAAAUCUUAAUUUAAAUCAGUUAUUGUCCAUAUAGUUUUGUUUUUAACUACAUUAUAAUCUAUGUUUUCUAUUAAUUAUUGAAUCCUGAAAUAUUAACCGAAAUAUAAGCAUUUUUUAGAGGCAGUAUGUAAAUUGCAAAAUGUUCCGGAAUUAUUGAAAUAUUUGUAUUUUUUAUUUUUAGCCAUUUAAAAUAUUUGAGGGUUUUUAGAUUUUAAUUUGGUUUUAUGUGAAUACAAUUGUUUUGGCUAAGGAAAUAUUCUCGAAAUUAUGACACAAGUGACCAUAAAUUGUACACUUGUACUUGAUGAUCAAAUCAGUAUAUGUAGUAAUUGUUUUUUUAUGUUUUGAUUAUUUUUCUCUUUCACCUUCACCCUAUUUGAAAUUGACUACCCUUGACCUCACAUCAGUCUCAAUUGCAUCCGAUCACCUCUUUCUGCUUACUGGAAUCAUCCACCUCAGCUUUCAAUCAGUAAGAGCUGUGGAUCCUGUGUUUUCCUGCAUCAAAUGCCCCCCUGAUUGCUUAUUCUAAUCUUUUAUGAAAAUCAAUCAAAUCACGGCAUUUUAAAACGUAGUUAUUUUGUACGUGUAUUGUGAAAAACUUAUCUACCAGAAAUCUUACUACAAUGAAAAAACAACAAAAGAGCUUUUUUAAAUAAUUUUUGAUCUUUUUGAUGAAUUGGGGCAAUUGUUCUUCCUUAUAGUUUUCUUAAUAAUUGAAAAAAACCGUGAGAAACGUAAAGUUUAAGGAAAUAAUAAAGUUUCAUUAUUUUCCAUUUUGCAGUCGGUCGUUUUAUUGUAAUUUGAUCAAAAUUCAACUUAAAGAUUUGAAAUUUCCACAGAUAACUUAUACUGGCCUUUUCUAAAAGUGAUACAAUUUCCAAACUAUACUGUCAACUUUUGAGCUAUUUAUAGACAUUUGAUAGUUUUAUUUUUAUUUUUAUUUUUGAGUAUUGUCACGUAGCAUUAGAAUAUUUAACGUUACAAAAAACCCCGUCACAAUAAUUACCAUUCUAUUAUUUAUAUAUUCAUUGUAAUAUUGGCAAAGGAGUAUCGGGUGAGUAAGCCUCUCGCCUCGUAAUAUUUCACUAUAGGUAUUGGUGUAAACCCACGGUGAGGUUAUAUAUACGACACGAUACCUAUCGUCUAUAUAAUAUAAAGAAGGGUAAACAAAAAUGUUUAAAACAAAACUGCAAACUUCUGUAUAUAUUAUAAAAGGAAAAAAGUGUAUUUAUUUUCGUCGUUCGUUUUAUAGUUUCUGAACGGAACCGGGGGAAAAGCCGCCGCCAUUGUCGGUUCAACGAUUAUACUCAUAUACGCAUGCGUAUAUUUUCUUCUGUCAACACUUUUAUGGUUGUUAAUGUGCUUCAAAUCUUUCCGUAUAUAUAUUGCAUUGUAUAUUAUUUAUAACGUGUAUGAAUAUAUUAAUAAGCAGUCGAUUGAUACAAUUUCUGCAUGCAAACUGCAACCUAUAUUUUGUAUAGGUACUCGUGUAAAAUGCCAUACAAAAUGAAUAACUAAUUGUAAAAUUAGCAAUAUUUUUUUCAAAGAAAGAGUACCAUCAAAAUGACUAAAGUGAAUUACUAUACCUAACUAUAAUCCAUGACGAAAUAAAUAGGAUACGCAUCACAGUGCGUAACGUUUUCGUUUUCGUUCGGUAUGCGCGUCUCCUCCACAUCCAGCCCUAUAUGUUGUAUGUUCUCCACUACUGUCGGCAAUGCUAAAGUUAGCCAAUAAAAAAAUGAGAAUUACAGUAUUAUGUGAAGCGAAGAAAUAUUUGAGCAGGGUGUGCAUAUCGAAAAACUGUUAUCGUACCCAUCUCAGUGGACGGCGGCUCGUGAGCCGUGUAAUAGGUAAGGCGAAUAUUUUGAAAACCCAAAGUGAGAGUGUCGAUAUACUGCUGCACGGGGGACGGCCAAAUUUAAUAUCUGGUGCGAGAAAAACUAAGUGCUGUUAUUAUCAUUAGUUAUUAUAUAGGUAUUUGUUAAUUAUAAUCUUUGGUUAUCAUAACUUAUAAUGAAAAUUUAAAAAUAUACAUAUUUUUUAGAAACCGAUCUAAAAAUUCGAUUCGUAUAUUUUGAAUGAAAUUAAUUUUAAGAUUAUAAAAUAAUAAACUAUACCGCGAUAGUAUAUAACAAUCAUAAUAAACUAAAUAUGUUUAUUGUAAUCAGAUAAUUGUUGUACAUGAAGCAACGUCUUACUUGUCUCAUCUGACGAGUCGCCGCCACUGGAGGUAUUUCGUCAUGCUAUAGCUAAUAUAUUCGCUACCUAUACAUUGUAAGUUUAUUGUUUCUCUCUCUAAUAUUGUAAGCUUUAUUUUUAAUUUCAAAUGAAAUUCACUUAUUUAUUGUUUGUUCUCGAAAAAAUGUAUUCGUCCAUCGUAUAUGAUAUUAAGAUAUCUAAGAUCACAUUCAUUCGCUCAGUUUAUUAAGACAAUAAUAUUCUUUCUAUAUCCCUUAAAAAAAAAAAAAUAAUUGAAUUUGAAUUUCGACUUACACGCUACAACAGUCGUAACUCAUAACGCUUAUAAUGUGGUUUAACGAUAAAAAAAUCCGUCAGACGUUACACAAUAAUAUAUCACAGGACGAAAAACAUUUGCAUUGAUUAUUUCAAAAUUAUACCCGAUAAAAACAAUAUAUAUUUUCAAAAAAUCUCUAUAUUAUGCAAUAUGCAAAAAUAAUCGAAACAUAUUUGCUGAAAAAUUCGAUCUAGACAUUAUUAAUAUUCGAUCGAAAUUUAAAAUUGUAAAAGAAAAAAAUAUAUAGGUUCCAUUCGAGAUCGAAUGCAGUCAAAAUCCACCGAUUGCGUAUAAAUUUCAUGUUUGUUUGUUGUUUUUUUUUUUUUUUUAGCAGUUUACCCGCAGUUAUCGCAAUCUUUUCUUCGACAAUCCUCAAGAAAUUCUUAAAAUUAUCCGUCCGAAGUCCUAUAAUAAUACUGCACCGAGUCCAAUCGAUAGAGAGAUACACUGUCCACACUGCGUAUUAUUUAUUUUUUGUCCACCCGUAUAAUAUGUACAUUUUGGAUCUACCGAAAAACAUUUCGCAGACAAAACAAAUAUAUACAACAAAAUGAACUGCGCAUCGUUGUAAAACCAAUAACUAUACUUUCUAAACAUAUAUAUAUAUAUUCGACUCCGUCAAUAAUCUAAAAAAAAAAAAUAUAUUACACAAUUUGUAUUGAGACUUUUAGCAGUGGCGUGCACACAACGUUCAUAUAGUAUUGUCCGAAAAUGUUUAAAAAAAAGUUCACUCGAAAUGAUCGUAAAGUCGUGUGCCCCCUCCCACACUCCCCCCCUCCCGAGUAGUAUAAGAAGAACAGAGGAGUGUUCGAAUGUCAGUUUUCGUUUCCCGAGCUGGAUGUAGUUACGUUAUUACUGUUGACGUUAUCAUAAUAUUAUCAUAUUACAUCGGGGCAGGGCUGCUCCAAGAAUUAUUCAAAGGGCUAUUAAAGCUAAAUUUUGUUACAAAAUAACGAAAUCAUAUACAGUUUGUCGAAAAUUGUUUUCAAAUGGUUUUUUAUACGAUAACAGUAGCAGCCAAGUUGGGAUAUAAACAUUGUUACCAAUCAGCAUAAUAACAUGCCGGACUUACGGUGUACCAAAAAUUAUUCAAAAAAGCUGUCCUAGAAUAAUGGAGACGGGAGCUGCCACUGUUUUAGGUGGGAAUUUAGGAAGAUAGAAUGUAGACGGGAAUUUAAUGUAUAUCAACGAUUAAUAAUAUUUGAUUAAUAUUUGUAUCUAUCUUCUCAUUUUUCCCGGUGUUAACCGUGUUUUUCCCAUUUAUUGGAAAAAACUCCUGGGAAAAUCAAAAAAAUACCUCCUUUAAGUACCUCCCCAGUUAAAUUUCUUUAAAAAAAAAAAAAAAAAGUGCUAUCAUUGUAAAUCGGAGCGAAAUUUCUGGUAAAAAAAUUGUCCAUAGAAAAUAAAAUAAAAUAAACAUUAUUGUAAACCCAUAAGCUUCGUCGCUCCAUUCAGAAUCUGAAAUAUUCGUAAUAUUCCACGUCCUAAUCACACAUACGCAUGGACUUGGGCCGAAUAAAUUCCUUAUCCAGUUUAUUUAUGAUCAAUAUUGAUAUAAAUUAAUUUAAAUUUAAAAAAAAUUAUUUGAGAUUUUUAUUUUAUAAACAUUGUAUGAAUGGUUUUACACAAAUAUAGUUGUACAUAAAUUAAUAUUAAUAUUAACAUUGAUUAAUUAAUAUUUAUUUAUUCGUAUGACUUUUAACGCAAACAAAAAAAUAAAUGCAUAGAGUAAUAAAUAGAUUAAAAAUAAUACCUAACAAUUAAUAAUACUAAUAAUUUAGCAUCAGCACUCCAGCCCGUUCCUGGAUUAAAAUUGUUUAAUUAUUUACGUCAUAUUUAUAGACCGUAAUUUUUAUUAUUAUUUAUCGAUGACAAGAGUAUUGUACGUUUUACCAGUACCUACUGCAUCAAUGAUUUAUGAUUUUAUGAACAACCGAUAAAAAAUACAUUCUAUACCGAAGCGUCCUAUGAAAAUAUGAAUGAAUUAUUGAAUUAUUUUAUUAUGUUGGUUCAAUAUUAACAAUAUAAAUAUAAGCUGGAAAGAAAUUCGUUCGGUCGAAAAAUGUUCGCGGGACGUAUCGAGUUGUCCCGAUGCAAGUCCAAUCGUCAAAUCCGCCUCUGUUAUCACGUUAAAUAAAUUCCGAAAAUCAUUUUAAAUAAUCGGCCGAUUUCAAAAUCGCAUUGUUAAACGUGUUUAUAGAUCCACUACGCCAUUAGCCAGCCUCUACGCGUCGGACCACCCCCGACAGAUUUUACCGCGGCCCUGUGAGUCGUAUUUUCGUCCGGUUUUUUUCGCAAAAUAAUGUUAUCGUUAUUAUUCAAUUUGCCGUCGUCGCUUACGCGGGAGCGUGAAAUUUACAUUUACGCACACCAGAGUGCGGAUCUUUUCGCCAUUUACAAAUACGCGCAGAUACCUAAUACGCGUAACCGCGGCCGACGAAAAUCGACCGAUACCGUACGCGCGCGGUCGCGGUGGCACUUUAUUAAUAUCGGUCGGUUUUUCAACGUCAAAUUUACCAUCAGCGAUUCAUGGAGUUGGAGGAGGGGUACACGGUAGGUACGUAUACACUGUAUAACAUAUAUACACACACACACACACACACACACACACAGUUGAUUCUGUCCCCGACGAAAACCCUUAAAAUGUGCCACAUUAUAUAGACGCGCAGGAUAUCCGCACGUGGGCGGACGGAGAGACUUUUACGGCGCGGCGGCGGUCGGGUUCUUUUCUCAUUUCGCGGGACGCCACGCCGCCGCCGCCGCCGCCGCCGCCACCGGAACGUAAAAUCGAUCAAUGGUCACUUUGGCUUUUACACAAUACGAGUAUACACUUAUAUCAUUAUAUAUAGUGACUUUGCGGCACUAUUAUAGAUAUGAAUGCCUCGGAUAACGGGGCAAUUACAACCUUAGCCGCCCUGCAUAUAUACGGCGGGUGUCCCGACGAAGAUCGGACCGUCGUCGGGUGUCUCGGAAACGUUAACUUUUUUCGGAUUUUUCGACGAUUCGAGUGACGAGUAACACUCUUAAAAUUCUAUCGAAAAAAAAAAAUCAGAAAAUUUAGUGACAUAAACUGGUAAAACUGGCGUAUUUGAAGAGGGAAAAUUCGGUCGGUAAUGUCGACUAAAAGAUAUCCAGGCGUCAUUUUAAAAUAUAAUUAAAUCAACACUGAUUUGUUAAAAGGGCGUACACCAUGUUCAAUACGUGUGUACUUUGUGUAUACAAGGUAUUAUGUGUACGGUUAAUUUUAUUGUUUUCCAUGAUAGACAUCAUUAAAAUAUGUUUUGCUAUAUUUUCGCAAAACAGUUAAUUUUGCUUCCCGAAAAAAAAUGUUUUAGUGGUAUACGCCUAUUUAACAAAACACCUUCGAUAUGUUAAAUUACCGAUUAUUAUUGUCCGGACAGGCGCGUUCCUGAAACGAGGAAGGGGCGAUGUGAAUAACCUAAUCGAGAUAAGUGGAUUUACACUGGCAUUCGGCAUGGUCAUUGGUCCAGAAGUAGAUAUAAUAGAUAUAAUCAAUAUAUUAUUUGACACGAUUUUUUAGAUUUUUAUUUGGUAAAUAAAAUCGUGGAUAAAAUUGUUAGACAAAACAAAAAAGCUUGAAAAUUGAACAAGAGGUUAAUUAUAAGUCGUGGUUUACUGUCAAAACAAAAAAUUAUUAUUUUAUGUAAAAUAUUUUGUUUAUAAGAAUUUUAAUAUCAAAUUUUGACGAAAAUUGUUUAAUAAAAAAUUAUAUGGAACAAAUCUAAUUACUGGUCCAUACACGUUGUUUCGAUAUAAUAUUUAUUUUACUGUAAUAUAACAUAUAUUAACCAAGCUUCACUCAGAAUCGUUUUUCGGUAGGAAUGAAUUAAUUUUGCUUACAAAUAUACAUUAUAUUUCCCUCUAUAUUCUACUUUCCAAACUUGUCGUCUACAGUCGUUCAGUCAUCGUGCGAAGUAUAUUCGUCUUUUAUUCGUAUUAAUCGUUAGUAUUAAAUUUAAUUAUUUCGCACGGCCCCCCACCCAUUGUCAAGGUUUGGAGAUGCCCUUUGUCGGAGGGGGCACCCUAUUUUCGAUUUUUACCUGUAUUAAACAUCUCCCGUUAAUAGACGAGUGUUAGUUUAUACAAAUUUUCGUAUUGAACCCGAAUCUAGUGGAAGAGAAUAGUUUGAGAGCGUUUGAAUAAAGUAUAACACACUAUUUUCUGAAACAGAACCCCGUUCCAUAACUAAUGUAUACCAUCAAGGAUCGCUUCGUUUCGAAGUUAUCGGUCUAGUUCGAUCGGCCUAAGCAUAUACGUUUCAUAUAGGUGUAUAGCGAUUUAAUCAAUAAAUAAAUAGGUAGGUAUAGUUUUGAGAAUAUUAUACGCACGUCAUCGUCGUUCCUAUAAUAAUUUCAUAUCGGUGCCAUUAGGCCGGUUGUUUCGGACUGUUUCGUGUCCGACCUUAAUUAUCUUUUUACGAGCUCAUAAAUAUUAUUUUGUAAUCUCGAAGGAAAAUACCCGCGGACGGGACUUAUGAAUAAUUAUCGGACCCGGUUACAUUGCAGCCUGCAGUAUAUUAUACCCUGCGUAUUAUAUUGCAUAUAGUGGCCGUCGUCGACUGACCUAGAAGCGCGUUUACCUUCGACUGUGUUACUAUAUUAUCACUUUUUAAAAUUAAAUCUGCUAUUUAUUUUGCCGGUUUCCGUCGUUUAGCUAUUCUAAACGUAUAAUAAGUAUUAGGUAGGUAAUCAUUUCCCUCGAAAAUAUCGUUGAAAAUUCGUUAAUAGGAUUUCCACCAAAUGUCUUAACCGAUAUUCUAAAUAGUAAUAAAUGAAAAAAAAGAGCUGAUACUGGAUAUGGGAGCGGCCACUGUUUUAGGUGAGAAAUUGGGAAGGUAGGAUACAUAGGUUGUUUCAUUUAUAUCUGUAAGCAACGAUAAACCAUUGCUUGACGAAAGACGAUUCCGAGAGCAGUUUGGUAAUACAUAAUUUGAAGUGCCGUAAUUUGUUUUAAGAUUUACUUUUAAAUUUGACUUCAAAACACUUAUUAAAAAAAAAAAGUCGUCCGAUGAUUUUGGAAAUUUUACCACGUCUAGUUAAGUCUAAUAUAAGUAAUAUGAUCAAGUUUCAAAUAUCUAAGUGUAUUUAUAACUGAAUUACAGCAAAAAACUCCCAAAAAUUAAAAUUCCUGAAAAGCUCAAAAAGGGCUAAAAAGUUUUGGCGAUAAUACUGUAAAAAAAUAAAUCAAAAUGAAAACAAAAAAGAUACCUUGUGAUUUUUCGAUUAAAUUAUUUUUUCUGGUAGAAAACGUCUUCCGUGUUUUUAUAAAAUAAUGAAAUCGAGAAAUUGUACGUUUUCCUAUGUUUUUUCCCACUUAAGUGUUUCAGUACUUUCAUUUAAAAAAUGGUGUCGAAAAUAACCUGUUUAAAGUAUAAUCUAGACGAUUUGAGCUUUUAGAAAAGAUGCUACACGUAAAAAUCGGAAUAAGUUUACUAGGAAAAAACGUGUCCACAGACUAGAACAAAGAAAAAUAAAUAAACAGCAUUGUAAAAUCAAUAGCUACCUCACUACGUUCGAAAUAUAAAAAAAAAAAAACAGGUUACAUUGCUGUAUUAUUAGAAACAGACAUAAUGUAUAAUAAAAAUAUAAUAAAACAUAAUAUCGUGUAUCUAAAAGACACGUCUUUGUACCGCGGACCAUCGCUAUACGCCACAAUGAGUGCGACUGAUGUACUGAGAUGAAGAAUUAUUUUACAGUGGUUUUUAAAUCGAUCGAUUGUCAUAUUUUUUAAUGCUAUUACGUUAAAAACAACCGUUUAACAUUUGUUUAAUACUCGAAUAAUAUUUUAAUUCUAUAUCAUAUGAACAGCACGAACACGGUGACAAUAAUGAGAGGUUCGUGAAAAGUUACGAAACGUCGACGAUGGCGGUAAAUAUAGCGGGGCUUUUGAAGUUUACCGUAGUUUAUCGACAGUCUGUAAUAUUUGUUUUUUUGUUUUCGUUUUUUGCUUAUUAUUAUAAUCGUCUUUCUGUCACAUAAAUAAAUUUAAGUACGUGAAUAGACUGAAAAUUAUUAAGUUUUCAAAGACAAAACUUUCCGGGUUUUACGUCGUGUUGACCAUCAUUAUUGCGUUUUCUCGGGUCCCUUCAAUAAUAAGAUACUAUUAUGUUCGACUCACUGUACUCAAUAUCCUAUACUAUUUUUCUCAAACAGGAAAUAAACGUUUCGAAAAAAAUAAUAUCAGCGAGCACUUCCGGCACUAAAGCUGAGUUUUCCCGCGCCAACUUCUUGCCGUUACGAUAUUUCAUUUUUUUUUUUUUUUUUUUUUGCAACGAAAUUUUACUGUGUAUUACGGUUAACCGAUCCGUGCAUUAAUUGAAACAACGAAUGGGUCUAUUAGUUGAAACUCCGUACGAAAUAAUUAUUGUUCAAUAAUGCGCGCGUCGUGGUUUUCUUUUGGUCAAUUGUAUAAGAAUAUUGUCAACAUUUUUAUUUUAAAAACGGGUUUUUUCAAGAAAAAAAAAAAUAUAUCAUACAAAACAGUUGCAAAAUCAUGUUUUUUUUUUUUUUUGCAACGAAAUUUUACUGUGUCGUGCGCUAGUGAAACGGAGACAUUAGGAGACGGAGACGGGUUUCCGCACAUCCUCUUGACCGAAAAAUUUUAGAUGUACCCGCGUCCCGGAUAUUUAUAGUUAUUCGUUCAUUGUACGACCAGUGGUGGAUAUAGGAUUUUUAUUUUGGGGGAGUGCCAAAUUAAUUUUGAACAACGAACAUUAAAUAUAAAAUACAAAUAAAAUUACAAUCAAUAGUAUCAACAUACGUAAUAAUUUAUCUGACCGUAAAAUUGAACGACGAUUUAUCAUCAUAAUUAACUCAUAUUAUUACGACUGCAAAUAUAAUAUAACUGAUUCCUCGAAUCCAUCACCGAUUACGACUGCGAUGUAUCUGUAUAUCAUAGUGCACCCAGUUGCCUACAUUGUAUACGCACAUCAAGGUCUGAUACAUAGGUCUGAUCGCCAAUAUUGAUAUUUAAUAAUUUUGACAUAAUUAGCACCAUACGCGCCGGUUUUUUUGAGUGAUAAUGAUUGUUAUUCGGUGACGAGAACGUUAGAAACGAAAUAAUAUUUUGGUUAAAAUAUUUAUUUUCAUUAUUAUCCGUGUGCAAAAGAAGGGUGUCCGAUAAAAAAAUGUGCAGCGUUCGGAUUUAGCCACUAGCCACACGUCGUGUGCAACGGGCGCAUAUGCAAUAAUAAUGUAAAGAUCGUGUCACUACGGUGCGAUUGUCUCCAUUUUAGAGGGUAAAUUCGGUAAAAACUCGCAGAACGAGUAGGUAUAAGAACAUAUACGAAACAAGUCUCGAAUAAUACGUAAUAUACGCGCGUAUUAUAUAGACGGCCUAAGAGUAUUGAUUUUCUAUUCGUUAAGUAUUUUUUCGAGUUUUUUUUUUUUUUUACAUUAUUUUUUAAGGUUAAUCGGAAGGGAUAUGAGGGGACGGAGAAAAUUUAAAAAUAUUAUUCAUUUUGAACGCAUUGUUGUGUUCGCGAGGCCCGGCCUCCGCGCCUAAUAGUUAUUAAUCUUUUCACAGCCGCCGCGUUAAGCGUAUAUUAUAAUACAAAGGCCGCCUAUAAUAUUAUAAUAUAAUAGUAUCGUUUCGCGCCCCUACCUGUAUAAUAUUAUUAUUAUUAUAAAAAGCCUACGCGGUUUUUUGCUCGAUGUUUCCACAAAACGCCGUUGAAAAAAUAAAAAAUAAAUACCGUAUACGUCGCGGACUCCUUAGAGUUACGCGUACUGGUAUACGGUAAAAAAAAAAAAAAAAUAUAUAUAAACGUUUAUAAUUUCGGAACGGCGAAUCCCUGUACCGUUUUACUUUUUAUUCUAUAUACAAUACAAUAUAUUAUUACCGCGACGUUCGGCUGUAUUAUAACGAUAUAUCGCGUACAAUAAUCCGCGUAUACGACUGUCCGGUGGUCCUUUUUCUGUAUAUUACGUAUACGUAUUGUACAACGUGUUUUGUUUUUUUUUUUUUAUUCCUAGCGACAGGAAAACGAUGGUGCGUAGCUUUUGUCCGUCGGACGAGUAGGUAUAUCACAUAAUAUAAGAUAUUUAUUGCGCGGCAAACCGAUUUAGCGAUAUAUACGACCGCGGCCCGAACCGCAGUCGCGGUGACGACCGCCCGCGGGGAUUUAUCGAAACCUCGAGUUUCCUCCGCGGUGUUGUAAUACGCCCGCCACUUGUUUACAACUGUCCCGGCGUCGUGUUCUUCGUACCUUCCACGACGAUAAUACUCUACGACGACGUUUGCCGUUUUAGUACGGUUUUUAAUCCGCCACUGUCGCGUACGGCGUUCCGGCAACGGUAGGUGAUCAAAUAAUGGCCGAGGAAAAAAAAAAAAAAAACGAAAAAAAACGGGCGAUUUUUCCGCGGCCGCGUUUUCCUCCGUCCGGGGAUCGACAUAAUAAUAUUGUUCGAAACGAUUGUAUACGUCAGUGGUUUAGUUCAACCUUUUUGGGCCCGUGGCUCUUCCGAUUUUAGAGUCCCCCCACGAAUGAUGAAAACAAUCAAUUAAAACGAUUAAAACAAAUAAAUUUACUGUAUUUACUGUAGACGCGGAUCCCUUGAUACAAAACCACGGCGCCCCUGGAGCCACCGUUUGAAAACCGUUAGUACAUUCCGUCUGGACGUACAAGUCUAUGGUAUCAAUAUACAAGUCGAAGCGUAUUUUCGCCCGUGACAUUGAUAUUCACGUUCUUCUCCUGUCUCGUCUUUCUUCCCGACUAUGUUUAGCACCGGCCGUUAUCCCGGACGUCCACAUGCAGACGCGAUGCAUCCAAAUAAAUAUUAUCUGUACAACCGUCUUUAAAUUUCGUAUGUCCGCAGGUGAACAUCCCGCGGCCAUGCAGCACGGAAACCGGAGCGCGGUCAGCGGCCAGAUGACCGUCCACGUGUUGGCCCUGUUCAGUCUGGUCAUAAUGCUGUCCAACCCGGUGCUGUUCGGCCACUGAGCAAAGUAAACGGCGGACGAGUGGCCACCGAACCCCUUACCCCGGCCGCCAAUGCAGCAUACCACGGUCCCCGCAACCGCGGUUACCGCGAUAUACGCACCGAAAUAUAUACCUACACGCCGAAUUCGGGCGGCGUUUUUCUCCGCCGCCGGAGCCGAGGAGACCGACGACACUGCAGCGUUGCAGCGGACAGCGUGCGGGCGUUUUCUCCUUCAAGUCUUCUGCGUCGACAGCGGUCGUCUUUCAACAGAAAACAAAAAAAUUUAACAAAAAAAAAAAACCCCUUUUUAAAUACUCCACACGUGUACAUAUAGGUCC